UGAGUCGCCUUUACAUGCAGGGCUAGCAGUGCUAACAGUUGAGGCCAUGUGUGUGUGUGGAACAGCUGAAGGCUGCUUUUGGAUUGCUUGGAAUGCGGUAGAUGACCUGAGAGCAGGACUUUUAUGGAAACUCACAGCCUGAGACUGAGUAAUUCCUGCCAAACAGCAUCCAGUCUGAUGAGAGCAGCGUAACAGGAGCAUAGCUCAGCAGCGCUGUCUGGGGUAGCACAGAUUGGAAUAGCAGAAAAGUAGCACAGACUGGAGCAUAGGGAAAAGCACAGACUGGACUAGCAGAGGUUAAUACAGACUGGAAUAGCAGGAUUAUACUACAAAUUGGAAUAGCAGAGAAUAGCACAUACUGGAAUUGAAGACACCACAAACUGGAAUAGUAGAGGGCACUCAGAAGCAAAAUCUGUUACAAGAGGGGACAACUCAUCAGGACAGCCUGUUACGGGGGGACAGGCCAGCAGAACAGUCUGUAACAAGAGGGAACCCUCCAGCAACACAAUCUGGGAUUACAGCCUAUCCUGAGCAGGACACUGAGACUCAGGCCAUCACGCAGCAAGGUAACCAUGCUGAAUACUGCCUCCUGGGAGUAGGAAUAAUGCCUCAAUGAGGGUAUUACUGGGAAAUGUGCUUUGCGGUUGGGGUAGCAUAAACCAUAUUAUUAUUAUUAUUUAUAAAGCGCCAACAAAUUCCACAGCGCUGUACAAUGGAUAUGCACUGAAACAUAGGGACAGGUUCAACAAGGGGCAGGUGAUGCCAUGUAUGUGCCCUUGAAAUAAUCUCUGCUGAAAUUUGCUAGGUCUGUUUAUUAUUCCAAAUGAGGUUCUCGUAUUAUGAUUACAGAAACAUAUUGUCUUUUUGGAAGUGCUGUAAUAUUAAAAAACUAAAAAUCCCCAAAUAGUUUGUCUCCCCCAGGCCUCCUGAAACUGUAUAGAGUGUGAGUGUGUUAAAACCUAGCAUGUAUCACACACAUCCUGUAGAACAUUUAGAACUCUGAAUGUGAGAUAUCAAUAUAGCAUGCUUUCACUUUAUGAGGAAAGUUAAUUAUUUUACAGAGGUGUUUCUCAUAUACCCAACGCUUUCUGAAUAAUUCCUCAUACAAUGAUACGGGACACACAGGGGGCGUAUUCACUAGACAGCAACAUUUAGUGAAUUGCAAAACUAAUUGGGUAAUUCUCAUCUUGGCUAUUUUAUUCAGAAAUCAACAAUUCAGUUUUUAAUUUGCAAUUUUCAGAAAUCAACAAUUCAGUUUUUAAUUUGCAAUGCUCUUAUUAAAAUGUUUAACAGCUAAUUACAUGUUAUUAAGAGAAGUCCUAAAACUGGUAAACUAUUAAGCCCUUUGAUUAACCUGUUAUUAUUUCAUACAAUAACUAAAUACUUUAUUAGUAAAGACCAUAGCAUGUUUUUUAGUAUUGGUGCCCCCAUGAUUUAGUAUUUCUCUUGCUUUAUCUAAAAAGCUUGGUUUUGUUUUCUCCAAGAAAGACAAUGACAAACAUUUGGGGUGUAGGGAUGGUAUGUUGAAGACAGUGUGUGUGGGGGCAGGAGUGCAGGGAGGGGGUGCCUUUGGGACUGUCACAUGUUAUCAGUCUUCAGAGUAAGUGACAGCAGCUGGCUUGCCACAUUACUCUCACACCCCAAAUAGAUCAGCUGUUACAUUAACCAUUUCAUAACCACAUGGGCCUUUUCAGCCAUGCCUGCUACAUAUAGUUUAAUGUAUUGUUUAAAGGGACAUCCCCACUACAGGCUGGUACUAACAUGCUCUCCUCUAUUAUUAUACUAUGGAGAUAAUGCAUUCAAAAUUCAACAAACAAAUACAUGAUUGAAUAUAACACCCCUUAAUUUACUGCCCCAGCUUACAGUCUCCAGGAAUAGUGGCAAAAAAAUGGAUAGGAUUCGUUAGCCAUCCCCAGUCAUCCCAUUGUUUUUAAAGUGAAACACUGUUAUGAGAUAUGUAGGCAAGCUGUUGCAAGUACUUUUAUUUAUGAAAAUACUAAGUAAUGAAAUGACUUAGAUUCUAUUAGUGUGCUGUAUAUGCUCAUUCAUGUUUUUUAUUGAAAGAAAGUACUCUUGACUGAAAGCUAAUUUAGAGCCUGUAUAAGUAUCUCUGGGUUUGUGUGGUGUAGAAGACCUUCCAUGGUUUGGGUGGAUGCUCUUUCCCUAUGACAUCAUCCUGUGAGGUGUGAAUAUAUAUACAGAGCUAUUUUAGCAAAUGACUAGAAUUAAGGAAACCAAAGAUAGGGACAUCCUUCCACCAUAACACAUGGUUGCAUCAUAUGUGGUUAUGGAGGUUGGGGAUCCCCUUAAGACAGUGUUUCUUUUUUACACUAUUUGUUUAAAAUGCAUCACAAAUAUUAUUUUGUUUUAUUGCCCACCACCACUUGUCCACUAUAUACCUUGUGGAGUACGUAUAAAAAACACUGGGAAAUGCUAAGGAACAUAAAUUGUAUGUCCUUAUUUUUGUUAAAUAUCUGUUUACGUUUCUUUUUUUUACACAUCUAAACCAAAUCUAAAUGCUAUUCUACAAAUCUGCAGUGUGAUUUCCCAUUUUUAUUGAAAUUUCUCAGUAUAUAUUAAUAUUAAACGUGAAACAAUGUUAAAAAAAAAAGGUAUAAUAACAUCUAUUACUAUUCAGCUGCCAAUUUAGUUAAUUCCGAGAGUGUGCUUUGAGUCCCACUGGGAUAAAGGCGCUAUAUAAAUACUAAUUAUUAUUAUUAUUAUACGUAAAGUGAAAAAAAAAUAGAACAGCACUCAUACUGAUGUAGUUAAUUAUGUACUGCCAACAAUUAAGCAGCUAGUGCAACAUACAGAAAGCUUCUUGUCUACCCUGCACCUCUGUGGACCUACUUUGCUAAUGUAUAGCUUGGAGGAAAGACGAGACGGGGGGAUAUGAUAGAAACAUUUAAAUACAUAAAGGGAAUCAACACAGUAAAGGAGGAGACUAUUUUAAAAGAAGAAAAACUACCACAACAAGAGGUCAUAGUCUUGAUUUACACAGGCAAAGGUUUAACAAUAAUAUCAGGAAGCAUUACUUUACUGAGAGGGUAGUGGAUGCAUGGAAUAGCCUUCCAGCUGAAGGGGUCGAGGAUAACACAUUGAGGGAGUUUAAGCAUGUGUGGGGUUAGCAUAAGGCUAUCCUAGGCUUACGAUAAGGCCAGGGACUAAUGAAAGUAUUUAGAAAGUUGGGCAGACUAGGUGGGCCGAAUGGGCAGACUAGGUGGGCCGAAGGGUUCUUAUCUGCCAUCACAUUCUAUGUUUCUAUGUCCCUUAAUGUUUGGCUGUUUUGCUAAUCCUGUUUCUAAAUAAUGGUGGAGGCAGUAGGAUAUUCAAUAUUUUUUCAACAAAAUGGUGUUUGAAGUGGGAUAUUCCGACCUGUUUCUAAAUAAUGGUAUAAUGGUGGAGGAAGUGGGAUAUUCAAUCCUGUUUCUAAAUAAUGGUGGAAGAAGUGGGAUAUUCAAUCCUUUUUAUAACUAAUGAUGAGGGGGAAGUUGGAUUUUUAAUCCUGUUUCUAAAUAAUGGUGGAAGAAGUGGGAUAUGCAAUCCUUUUUCUAACUAAUGAUGAGGGGGAAGUGGGAUUUUUAAUCCUGUUUCUAAAUAAUGGUGGAGGCAGUGUGAUAUUUAAUCCCGUUUCUAAAUAAUGGUGGAGGAAGUGGGAUAUUCAAUCCUGUUUCUAAAUAAGGGUAUAAUGGUGGAGGAAAUUGGAUAUUCAAUCCUGUUUCUAAAUAAUGGUGAAGGCAGUAAGAUAUUUAAUCCUGUUUCUAAAUAAUGGUGGAGGAAGUGGGAUAUUUAAUCCUGUUUCUAAAUAAUGGUGGAGGAAUUGGGAUAUUCAAUCCUGUUUCUAAAUAAUGGUGGCAGUAGUAGGAUAUUCAAUCCUGUUUCUAAAUAAUGGUGGAGGAAUUGGGAUAUUCAAUCCUGUUUCUAAAUAAUGGUGGCAGUAGUAGGAUAUUCAAUCCUGUUUCUAAAUAAUGGUGGAAGCAAUUAGAUAUUUAGUCAUCAUUCUCCAGCACUGACUCACACACUCGGUAUCUAUUUUAAAUCUCAUUCACAUCCCAUAUCUCAUGCAGGAUAUUUUCCCAUACACUAGCAUCCUUGAGACUUUUUGUUAUUGUAACUUCUACUACUCUAUAAAUUAGUGCCACCUCUCUUUAAAACCCAGUAUAACUUGACUUUCAUCAAUAUUUAACCCUUCAAAACUUUAAUGCCACCCUAAAAUAAAGUAAAUAUACAACAAAGCACAAUACACAUUUUUUUUCACACAUUAAAGUAAAAACACAUAAAAUAAGCUCUGUAUUGUAUUCUACUUACUAACUCUUCUCUGUAUCAUAGGUGUGUGAAGUACAGUUCAUUAGGGUGUGUACCUGUAUUUAAUAAAAGGAGACUAUUUAUUGAAAACUCAGCCAUCAAAAUGGGUAUUUCUGUUUUGUAAAUACAACAUAAACUGUAUAUCUACUGCACUUAUCGUACCUCCCUCUGCUAUAAACUAAACUGUGGAGUGUUAAGUAUGCUGGUUACCACUGUAUCUCAUAAUAUAAUGUAACCUGCAAAGUGCUACAUCCACUAUAUAAUAUUGCCCUAAGUUUACCCCUUUCUGCUGCACGGUAACUCGUAGAGUGUUAGGAACACACCUGUUAGUCCUAUAAAAAUCUCUAAUUUAAAUGUACUUAAACUUGUAAUUACUGAACUUACUGGACCUCUACUGUAAAGUAGCUUGUAAAGUGCUAAGUACACCUGUUAAUGCCAAAUAAAUAAAAUAUUUAUACAUUGUACUGCACUUGUAACUGUUAGUACUAUGGAAGGAAAAAAACAAGAAUUUCUUAAAUAGAUCAUUUGCCAGUUUCACAGUAGUCACUCUUUUUUUCUUCUGGAUUUUUCCAACAGAACCAGUAUUUUAUAAAUUGGAUCAAACCAUUUAGGAAAUAAAGCACUGGUUGCGAGUAUCAUGGCAUUUAUAAUAAAUUAUUUUCUCCCUAAACACACAUUACCAAAAUACAUGUUUAGAUAUUUUGUCUGUCAUCUCUGAAAGACAUAAACCACUUACCUAAUGCAAGACAGACUGAAUAAAAAGGGUACUACCCUAUAUACACAUAACCAAGCAGUAUAUUACAUCCUACCCUAUAUACACAUAACCAAGCAGUAUAUUACAUCCUACCCUAUAUACACAUAACCAAGCAGUAUAUUACAUCCUACCCUAUAUACACAUAACCAAGCAGUAUAUUACAUCCUACCCUAUAUACACAUAACCAAGCAGUAUAUUACAUCCUACCCUAUAUACACAUAACCAAGCAGUAUAUUACAUCCUACCCUAUAUACACAUAACCAAGUAGUAUAUUACAUCCCACCCUAUACACACAUACCCAAGUGGUAUUUUUCAUUUCAUGCUAUAUAUACAUAGCCAAGUGGUAUUUCUUUUUUCAUCCUAUGCUAUAUAUACAUAACCAGGUGGUAUUUUUUAUCCUAUGCUAUAUAUACAUAAUCAAGGGGUAUUUUUCAUUUCAUGCUAUACACACAUAACCAAGUUUCUCAUAAGCCAUAUUUUUCAUUCAGACCCUCUAAUAGCAGGUUUGCAGGUAGCAGGCCAGGUUCCGUGAUUUUGUGUGAGGGGCUGCCUGUUCCCCUGACUGCCCUCACUUUCCUUUCCCUGGCUUUGUGCCCUUUCAGAUUAGAGCUAUAUUAGCAGACAGUCCUGCUUGUCCAUGUCUAUUUUCAGAAGUCACAGCUGAACCUCUCGUCUCCUGACAGCUUCUGAGCUUUUUCUAGAUGUUUCCAAACACCCUCAAACAAAUACACUGCAUUUCAAAGUUUAAAAAGCCUCGCCUUAACCAAUCCAUUGCUUUAUUUUAGGUUUUAUAGAAAGACAAACAUAUCAUACUACUUUCACGAAGGCAUACCGUCUAACAAGACCAGAACAAAAAGAAACAGAUUUAUUUUACAUUCCGAGCAGGGAGCCUAAAUAUUUCAUGUUUUUACUUUGGCAAUUCCUUCCUAACUCUUUUUGCCAAUAAUAGGAGCUGAAUGCAACGUGGCUGGGGUCUGGCUGAAAUAUCACAUUAGGUGCAUUUCUUAAAGUAGAAUUAGCUUUAUGACAUUUGAGGUCAGAAGAUAACAAUAGCAAUUAUUUUGUAUCCAGCAAAUGAUCUACUAUUCCGUGUAUAAAUAAAAGGGACAAUCCAUGUACCAUAGUCACUACUGCAUCAAUCCAGUCUUUAUAAAAAUAUUUUCAAGCAGUUUGAAAAAAAAUUGAGGAUUAUUCUGCACCCAAAGCUCACCCCUCUUCGGUAUGAAAUGUGAUAAUGAGGUAGUUUCACUGGAGCAGUAAGUCCUGGAGUAUAAGAGAAUAUGGCAUGUAUAUGUAAUGCAUUGCCCAUGCUGUACAAAUAUUUGAAUAGAUGACAAAGUGAAAUAUUCUCAUUAUGACAUCAUAAGCUGAGGGGUGGGCUUAUGGUGCAGAAUCCCCUGACUGUUCUUAAACAUUUUGACAAAAAGUACUGCACCCAUAGGCUCCUGGCAUUAUAAUAUCUGCAAUAAGCUGUAGUGAUUAUGCCGCUUGGACUGUCUCUAUCUUGCGGAAAUGCCCAGCCAUUUUUGGUAUUCAUACAAAACACAUAGAAGUCUAUCCACUAAGGUCCAAUUUAUCCAGGUCCAGAUUUAAAAAGUGAGUUGAAAAAUGGACAAGGACAGUAUGUGAAAAGUGUUUAAACUCAACCAAUAAUCUUCUAUCCAUGGAUAACCCACGAUAAAUAAAGAAUAUCUAGUUUUGACUGACAUUAUGGUCCUAUAUUAUUAAUUAGCAAAUUUGCAUGUUUGUAAUCAUCUCACCCUGAUGUGUCAAUUCACUUCAGGUAAGUAUGAAAUGACACAAAGAAAACAACCACAACCUGUAUCACUUGAACUAGACCAAGUUAAAGGUUUGCUCUACGCAUCCUAACUUCUACAGCCUAUUGCAAUGGUUUUGAUGCAGGGAGUACCCUGGCUAAGCUCCCCAGUAAUGGGACAAAUGGUUUGCCCUCUUUCCUGGGUAUCUUCCGUGUUCUAAGGCUUCUUCUUUCCUGGUAAUGUGAUUCUGGCCUCUGCAGAGCUGCAAAAGUCAAUCCAGUCACCAUUAAAUGUCUGAGAGCGUCGGAAUGUUUGUUGAUGCCCCGAUGACACUGCUGGAGGUGUGGUUACACCUCUGGCUCCAUAAGGGAUUAUACUCCAUAUGUGCAGCAUUUAAUAGCAAAACAAUGUACAUACAGACUCAAGGCACUUUGACCGCUUCGAAUCACUGAAGCGAGCAUGGUGCUUAGAGUGGCCCAUUAAGGUGAUUAAAAGCUUUCUUCUCCUUUACGAUAUAACAAAGGCAAUUGUGUGGCCAAGUAUAUCUAGUCAACUACCCUCAAAAUCUGACUGGUAUAAUGACAAGACAAAGACUAGAAUAUCUGUGGACAAAUCACACUUUUAGUAAGUCCAAAUAGAUUUGUAAUUGAAAUAGUAGUUCAGCCAGUCCAAAUAGGUUUGAAGUCCUAAUUGAAGUGACCUCAUUGCAACUUUGCAAACGUGGAUAAUCCCUAUUUUUUCCAAUCAGUUAUAUAUAUAAUGGGUUUUAGCCCACAUUCAAGCACUUGUCUUGAACUGCUUUUUUUUAUUUAUUUUUUUUUAAUUACUUUUUAAAAGCUGGUUGAAAAGUCAGAGUUUACUAAACAGAUCAGAUCAUAAUUUUUGUACAAACCAAAAAUUGUUUUGUUUAUAUUCCACUUACUUUACGUUACUCUUGUAUUGAUUUCAAAAAGUGUUUUUACAUGAAUGUUACCAAGACACAUCUUGUAUGUUGCUACUCUAACUACCAUGAAGCAUGUUUUAUGUCUGAUAAAAUGUAAAACACAAUAAUCUUUGAUUUGAAGAAGAAAAAAAAACUUGGUUGGACAAAAGCUAAAGACGAGCAGAAUCAUUUAACUGCGCAAUUAUAAAUAUCUACUAAAUUUUAAAAUAAAAAACUUUUUCCAUCUACAAUACAUUAAUCAGCAUGAAUUGCAUUUUAUUUUCAGGAGUUAAUAACACAGAAGCUCAAAUCCUGUCUUCACGAUGACAUGCAUUCCUAGAGAGAUGGGAAACGCGAUUAUUUAUUUUAAAAUUUGUGUUAAAUGUUUUAGACAACACGUAGCCUUGACGUUUGGUUUAAUAUCCAGUGAUUGAGUAAGUUCAUAGGUCAGGAAUCUUGUGGAAAGGAAUCUAAUAAAGUGAGUGUUUAUUUAGUCCUCCCAAGAUAAAACUGGAAUUUAGAAUUUGUUUGUCACGUGACACCAAGAUAACAUUGUGUCUGAGUGCCUUAGCUAUUAUUAGGCUUCUGGUUGCCGUUAGCCCCCAACUAGAUAUGAAGUGAAAUUAGAUAAAAUACAAUGAUCAUUUAUGUCAAUAUUUCUUAAACUCUGGGUUGAGAGCUAUAACUGUGUCUCUAAUAAUAAGAGGAACAUUUGCUUAAUCAAACCCUAGGCCAGGGAUAGGCAACCUUCGACACUCCAGAUGUUGUGGACUCCAUCGCCCAUAAUGCUCUUACACCCAUAAUGCUGACAAAGCAUCAUUUUGUAGUCCAAAACAUCUGGCGUCCCAAAGGUUGCCUAUGCCUGCCCUAGGUAAUUACCCUCAAUAAAUUGGUUACUGCCUACCUCUGGAUAUGAAAAAUCUAAUUAAAUUGGUUUGUGAAAUUAAUGUUAUAUAUUACAUAUUGGUUAUUGCACUAUUUAAUAAUUGUAGACUGGGCUACCAAGUUUAUAUCAUGGCACUGAAUUUUGUCUGGAUGGAUAAUACACCUUCCUAUUUAAACCUUUCAAUACCCAAAUUAGGUAUAAACUUUUUUAUUUUUAUGCAUUUAGCAGUAUGAAAUCUAGUCCAUAAAGACUCACUCUCAUUUAUACUCUAGUUGGGAUUACCAGCCUCCAGAGGAAUUAUUAUUUAUUUCUGACAGAAGCUACUAGUUACUAAUAAAGUGCAUGUGAAGUUGCUGAAAAUGUAAACUUUACCACGUGCUUUCAAACAGUACAGUAAAUUUCAAUGGGUCAUACUAUUCCCAGAGUAAGGGAGCUGGGAAAGUGGGAGAAGUGAAUGGACUCUAAAUACCUUUAUUUUAGAAAUAUAUGCUUUAUCUGUAUUUACUGUAUUUAGGCAUUAUGUAUAAAUGCAGACAUUCGUUUUACAAUCUGCUGUCAUUUUAGCAAGUUGCACUGCUAGUAAUGCCUUCAGAUUCCUUGCAAAUAACUAUAAAAAAGGUAUAUGGCUAUUUUUAUUCAUAAAUAUUUUCACAUUUACUGUACAUGAGAAGAAUUGCUAAAAAUUUACUACAUUGAGCCAAGAAGGUAUUUUCUUUCUGCACACAAAAAAAAUGCAAAAAGACAAAGACUGUUUUUUUUUUUUUCACUGUACUGAGUUCAACUGGGCAUUGUGAAGAAGUGACGGUGGAAUUGCAAAUAUUAUGCCAAAAUAGCUUAGAUGGAAAAAUACUCUUCCAAAUAGUAGUAUUAGUUACAUAUUCUGUCUGUAUAGUUUGGCAUAAAAGUUGCAACUUCCAUGUCAAUUUUCCAAAUUAUAGGGACCAAAUAAACAAUAUUAUAUUCAACACUAACACAGUGCAUGAUUUACUAGAUUUCAAAGUGCACGCAAAGCCAGUGUUUCAUUGUAUUGUCUCUUUAAUUAUCAAACCAAAAAACUUCAAUCUUGGAAUCUGUAACAGGGAACACAACUGAGUUUUUAUUGUAAAUGUUUUUAUUGGGAUUUAAUUAAAACCAUGAUUUCCCUUAAGGUUUUUUUUUUUUUUUUUUUUACUUCUUUGUUUAAAAAUAGGCAUUAAUGCCGAUUUUCUGUUUGUUACUGUUGGCAAGGAAUCGAAUGCAGGAUAUUUUAGAAAAAAAUGAUUGUAUCUUCAACUGCAUCUUAUAUAAUAAGAGAAAGGGCUUUUCAAAUGUUUGUUAAGACUAUAGAGUGAUUUGAAUUCCUAUUAAUAUGUCCACUAUAGGUGUUGGGGUGAGAGAAGAUUGAAAUAUAAAUUUUUACAGCUUACAUCACUGGCUUUUUAUAUUUAAGAGACACUCCAGUACCCUAAAUCACUUAAAGGUUAGCUGGCUGUCCCAUCAGUCCUAUUAUACAAACAUGCUGAUAUCAAGAGAAAGUGCUUUUCAAUCAGACUUUAGAGAUGGUUUCCUGCUUACUCACUUUGAACGAGCAUCCAAAUCAGUAGUGAAUUCUUAUUAAAGAAAGACAUUCAUUUCAAUGCUUUCUUUAUUUAUUUAUAAAAUAUUUUACCAGGAAAGAUACAUUGAAAUUUCUCUCGUUUUCAAGUAUGUCCUGGGUCCACAAAACAUUGCAUUGAUAAUAGGGUAUAAUAAAAUACAAAAACAAUAUUAAUACACAAUAUAUACAAAAUUUAACAUAGAACAGGUAGGAAAUAUAUAAUCAAUUGCCUUGGAUUGGCAGAGUGCAGACUGGUCUGCCAUAUGAAAUGUUGGGUCCCCUUAAACAAGGUGGGUCCACCCACCUUGGAGCGUGCACACAUUGCCCUCCCCCGAGUCCCUGCUGACAAGGAUAAGCAAAGUGGAUGCAGUAUUUGUGUGUGUUUAUAGUGGGUCCAGUAUGUGUGCAUAGUGGAUGCAAGGAGUGUAUGUACCUGUAAAGUGGAUUCAGUGUGUGUAUAGUGGAUGCAUUGUGUAUGUAGUAGAAGCAGUGGCGUACCUACCACGGUCGCAGGGGUCACAGCUGCCCCUCACUGCAGGCCGCCCUGCCGCAGCCACGACCCCUGCGACCUGUCAUAGGGGGGCCCAAGAGGUGGCCCGCUGGCCACCUAGUGGACCCCCCCCCAGCGGGUGGCUAAGUUCCCAUCAGACGCGGCGAGGGAGCUGUGUUCUCUCUGCUCUGCUCCCUUGCGCGCCGUUUGCUGAUGCCAGGAGCCAAAAUAUGACAUCAUCAGUGGACAGCCCGCAAGGGAGCAGAGCAGAGAGAACACAGCUCCCUCGCCGCGUCUGACAGGAACUCUGCUGCCCGCUUCACUGAAGCCCCACUGGACCCCAGGGACAGAUUCACACCAGCCCUCCAGGUGGGGAGGCUGGGUGGACAUUUAAUAUAAAUAAUUUGUGUGUGUCUGUGUAUAUGUGUGUGUGUGUGUCUGAAUGUGUAUGUGUUUGUCUGUAAGUGUAUGUGUGUCUGAGUGUGUGUGUGUGUGUGUCUGUGAGUGUGUGUGUAUGUGUCUAAGUGUAUGUGUGUCUCAGUGUGUGUGUGUGUGUGUGUCUGUGAGUGUACGUGUGUCUGGGUGUAUGUCUGUGUGUGUGUGUCUGUGAGUGUACGUGUGUAUGUAUGUAUCUCUGUGUGUGUGUGUGUCUGUACGUAUCUGCAUGUGUAUCUGUUUGUCUGCAUGUGGGGGGUGGCGGGGACGUGUGGGGUAGGAGGUAGAUGUAUGGUAGGGCCCCAGGGAAAUUUUCGCAAUGGGCCCCGUGGUUUCUAGUUACGCCUCUGAGUGGAAGGAGUGUGUGUACGUAGUGGAUGCAAUGUGUGUGUGUGUAUAUAUACAUUGGACUCUGCUGGUGGUGGCAGAUUACAAGAUCACAGGUAGACUUUGUCUACCCGAGCAUUCAGGACCCCCCCAGGAAUGCUGGGCCUGUGACAACCAUCACAGUUGCGACUCCCUGAUAGCAGUCCUAAGUGCAGAGAUUGCCGAGCAUGCUUUGUAGGUUCCCAAUGUUUCUUUAUAAGAAGCAGUGGAUAGUAAUGGAGAUCAUCACUAGUGAUACAUUUACUGCUGGAGGGUUGAGCUGAUUAUGUUUUUGGCCUUUUGAAAAAAGGAGAAGUUGCACCACGGAAUCUAAAACAAAAAAAGAACCCCCCAAACUUAGUAAUAAAUGUAAUGUUCCUGUAAUAUUUGACAUCAAAAUACACUGUGUAAAACAUCAUAGACUCUUCCCAACUCUGGAUCCACUGUACUGAGAAAAUCAAUGCCACUACAGUAAACAAUUGAUUAUGGCCCAUUGACUGAAGAAUAUGAAAUGUUUGUUCCUCCCAGUGGCAACCCACAUAUUGGGUCCUGACAGAUGGGCUAAGAACCAAAGCUAUAUGUAAUAUUUAAAAGAGCUAUAAUUGACUUUUCCAAAAUUGAUCUGCAUGGGUAGACUCUCUGGAAAUAAAAAUAAAAUAAAAAAACAACAAAACAAAUGUUAAUCUAAAUUACACAACCUCAUUGUACCACAGUUUUGUGAUAAUCUUUUCUUUGGGAAAACAUAGACAUUGUUUAUUUUCUGGAAAUAGGUUAGAACCUCAGUAUUGGGAUCAUGGUGGGGGAAAGAGUGAUGGUGACCUGUCAGGAGUUGGAAAUUAUGCUUUUUAUUCUAAUGCCUUUGAUGACUGGAAAAUUAUGUACUUUUUUUGUUUAUGGGCCUGCAUGCCUAUUGAUGAUGUUUUAACGUGACAUUUAGGCAUUUCCCUCACUAAACUUUUUCUUAAACUAAAAGGACUAUUAUUAUGUUCCCCUUGGGAGCUUGAGAAACACAACUAGAAUGUUUUCCUUCAAAGAUCUCAGGGUCCAUGAAUGAACAUGUAGAAUGAAAAAGUAGUAAAUUAUAUGCUGCAUUUUCACCAACAAAUAUGACAUUCAGUCCCAUAAAAAAAGAAUUCAAGAACUCAAGACUUUAUUUGCAAAAAAAAUAUUGAAACUAAAGGCUGAAAACUUUGAUCCCUUGUCCUCUUUCUCUCUCCUGGUUCCAGGUCACCUCAAUCUGGCAGGAAAGGUUAAACUGCUAAUUGAGAACCAUAAUUGACUUUGCCUACCUGACCCUGCUAAAUAUAAAUUGCUUUACCACCUGACAAGCUUGAUUUGUUGUUGACGGGUUUUCUACUACAAAAUAUUCAAUAUGGCACCUUGGUACUCAAAUUAUCAUAAAGUAAUUUGAUUUGAUCGAGUUUGCGAAAACCCGACUCCUGGCAUAUUUUGGGCACUCUGUAUUGUACACUUUAUAAACAAAUAGUUUAUUUUUUUGGCUUCCACAACAAAAAAAUAGGAAUGCCACAAUGAUAUAAAGAGGUCUGCCUCAUCCUCAGCCAAAAGAGUUAAUGAGAAACUUGGUUAAACCAGGAAAUAAAUACUCAGUUUGACAUUAGUGUCUUCCUUGCAGGUCUUACAAUUGUUCUACCACUGACAGGUUGGAGUCUGUUUUAUUCAUCUUUCUAACUCUACUGAAAUCCUUUUUUGUUGUUGUUUUUUUCUUCCCACCAGCUUUAUGUCAUAUGACUCACUGUCUCCUAUCUUAUUAUCUUUCUUUGCUCAGAGACCCUCUUGUUUGUUACUUUAAAUAGCUAGACUUAUUUCGCGGCAGACGUAUUUUCCAUUAAUACUAUAAUGUCCAACGCUAUCUUUCCUCUUCCCCUGUCAACAUUAAUCUGAAACUUGUCUUGUUCCAAGAACAUUUAAUUGGCUUCUGGACGUAUUGCGCAACCUGAUCAACUUUAAAAUGAUCAUUGGGACAAUUUAUGGCCUCAGUUUAUUAUUUUUAGAUAUGCUUUUCAAGUGAUUUCAUAUUUUGAUUUUAUUUUAUUUUUUUAUAUAUAUAUUGAAAUAUUUUUAUAUAGGAUAUAUAAUGAUGCACCAAUGAAACUGCCUGAGAUGGAGUUACACUUCUGGCAGCAUAGGGGUUAUGUUAAACUCCACAUACAGGGAGUGCAGAAUUAUUAGGCAAAUGAGUAUAUUGACCACAUCAUCCUCUUUAUGCAUGUUGUCUUACUCCAAGCUGUAUAGGCUCGAAAGCCUACUACCAAUUAAGCAUAUUAGGUGAUGUGCAUCUCUGUAAUGAGAAGGGGUGUGGUCUAAUGACAUCAACACCCUAUAUCAGGUGUGCAUAAUUAUUAGGCAACUUCCUUUCCUUUGGCAAAAUGGGUCAAAAGAAGGACUUGACAGGCUCAGAAAAGUCAAAAAUAGUGAGAUAUCUUGCAGAGGGAUGCAGCACUCUUAAAAUUGCAAAGCUUCUGAAGCGUGAUCAUCGAACAAUCAAGCGUUUCAUUCAAAAUAGUCAACAGGGUCGCAAGAAGCGUGUGGAAAAACCAAGGCGCAAAAUAACUGCCCAUGAACUGAGAAAAGUCAAGCGUGCAGCUGCCACGAUGCCACUUGCCACCAGUUUGGCCAUAUUUCAGAGCUGCAACAUCACUGGAGUGCCCAAAAGCACAAGGUGUGCAAUACUCAGAGACAUGGCCAAGGUAAGAAAGGCUGAAAGACGACCACCACUGAACAAGACACACAAGCUGAAACGUCAAGACUGGGCCAAGAAAUAUCUCAAGACUGAUUUUUCUAAGGUUUUAUGGACUGAUGAAAUGAGAGUGAGUCUUGAUGGGCCAGAUGGAUGGGCCCGUGGCUGGAUUGGUAAAGGGCAGAGAGCUCCAGUCCGACUCAGACGCCAGCAAGGUGGAGGUGGAGUACUGGUUUGGGCUGGUAUCAUCAAAGAUGAGCUUGUGGGGCCUUUUCGGGUUGAGGAUGGAGUCAAGCUCAACUCCCAGUCCUACUGCCAGUUCCUGGAAGACACCUUCUUCAAGCAGUGGUACAGGAAGAAGUCUGCAUCCUUCAAGAAAAACAUGAUUUUCAUGCAGGACAAUGCUCCAUCACACGCGUCCAAGUACUCCACAGCGUGGCUGGCAAGAAAGGGUAUAAAAGAAGAAAAUCUAAUGACAUGGCCUCCUUGUUCACCUGAUCUGAACCCCAUUGAGAACCUGUGGUCCAUCAUCAAAUGUGAGAUUUACAAGGAGGGAAAACAGUACACCUCUCUGAACAGUGUCUGGGAGGCUGUGGUUGCUGCUGCACGCAAUGUUGAUGGUGAACAGAUCAAAACACUGACAGAAUCCAUGGAUGGCAGGCUUUUGAGUGUCCUUGCAAAGAAAGGUGGCUAUAUUGGUCACUGAUUUGUUUUUGUUUUGUUUUUGAAUGUCAGAAAUGUAUAUUUGUGAAUGUUGAGAUGUUAUAUUGGUUUCACUGGUAAUAAUAAAUAAUUGAAAUGGGUAUAUAUUUGUUUUUUGUUAAGUUGCCUAAUAAUUAUGCACAGUAAUAGUCACCUGCACACACAGAUAUCCCCCUAACAUAGCUAUAACUAAAAACAAACUAAAAACUACUUCCAAAAAUAUUCAGCUUUGAUAUUAAUGAGUUUUUUGGGUUCAUUGAGAACAUGGUUGUUGUUCAAUAAUAAAACUAAUCCUCAAAAAUACAACUUGCCUAAUAAUUCUGCACUCCCUGUAUGCAGCAUUUCAUACUGAAACGCAGCACGUACAGACUCUGGGCACCAUGACCACGUCAAAUCACUGAAGUGCUUUAAGUAACCUUUAAGGACACUACCUCAGGCUAUUUUUUUUUUCUGAGACAAUCAAUCUCCUUGGGAGGUUCAUCUAGUUUGCAAGGGCGCCAGGUUAUAUUACAGCACCUUCAGUGCUAUAAAAGGAGGAACGAAAAAACGUCUCACACUGCACAUCCAGGAGAUGACAGAAAAGGCAGGUGUUGGUAACCAAUGACCUGGACAUAACCACAUCCAAAUCACCUGGAAUAAAAUGUAUGACUCAAAAUCUUUUUUAUACAUAUCAGCUUCUAGUUGGUCCCAGAAGAGAUGUUUCAUUUGAUUAAAUGUCUCAAAUGUACCAGGCUAAAAAACUGUAACAAACUGCAGACUAUGGCGAGCACUUUUGAUAUCUGCAGUAACAAAGUUCGCAUAUAUCCAGGCCUUUUAACUGUCAGGUUACAAAAUUCUUUAGAUAUCAGCAUUCCAGAUUAUUAUUAGGAUAUCGCCUUCCCCACCUUCUACUAGUCCAGAAGGAUAUUGAUACUUUAGAGAGAAUUCAGAGAAGGGCUACUAAACUGGUUCAUGGAUUGCAGGGUAAAACUUACCAGGAAAGGUUAAAGCAUCUUAACAUGUAUAGCUUGGAGGAAAGACGAGACAGGGGGAAUAUGAUAGAAACAUUUAAAUACAUAGAGGGAAUCAACACAGUAAAGGAGGAGACUAUAUUUAAAAGAAGAAAAACUACCACAACAAGACGACAUAGUCUUAAAUUAGAUGGGCAAAAGUGUAAAUUAUUUCAGGAAGUAUUACUUUACUGGGAGGGUAGUGGACGCAUGGAAUAGUCUUCCAGCUGAAGUGGUAGAGGUUAACACAGUAAAGGAGUUUAAGCAUGGGUGGGAUAGGCAUAAGGCUAUCCUAAUUAUAAGAUAAGGAAAGGGAGUAAUAAAAUGAUUUUGGCAGACUAGAUGGGCCGAAUGGUUCUUAUCUGCCGUCACAUUCUAUGUUUCUAAACAGUCUGGCUUUUUCCAUCACAAGGACUUAGUGGUACACCACUACACCUCAUUAUACCACAUUUCAUUGUGAUGAGUGUCCUACAAUAACUUAAACUACUUGCAACAGGUUCUGUUCUUUGCUAUGCCCAAAUGGUGACUUGGUGACACUAACCCAGUAAUUCCUCCCAUCCCCACCAUCGAUUACUAGGGAUUAGGAAUUCAGGUAAAUUGAUUAUUUUAUUAGAAAUGUCUUUUUCUUGGCAUGACUUUGGACCAUGAGAACGAAGUGAUUAACAUAAAUUAAUCAGCUUGUGAAACUCUCCUAUCCCAAGGCAUUCACACUAGAAGCAGAAUCCUUACAAUGUUACUAUCAGAUUAUGCUGCAGAAAAUAUCUCAGGUAAUAGAUCUGACAUAAAACCAGCAGCAAGUAAGUAGUAAUACAUUGCAACAAUGGUAAGAAACUCAGAUUCCACACUGCUGCUUUAAUAGAGGGGUUUUGUAUGGUAUCCCUGUACACCAGUUUCAGAGCUGUAUUUAGUAGAUAAACACUGUUCCAUAUUAUUUAUUUGGUUUUAGAGAUUUUUCUGUGCUUCCAUUUUUCUCUACUUAUUUUAUGAGAUAAUGGUGUUACACAGCAUUCUCUACAGAAUUUAAAUACACUGGUUUUAUCUGAUAGAUCCCCUCUGUUUAAUUUCUCGUUUGACAAUUAUAAACCUCUACAAGUUGGUUCACACAUUCAUAUCUGCAGUAGAAAUCAGUUGGCGACAAAGCAGAAUCUAAAUGUAUCCACAUGUAUAUAAUUGUAUGAUUGCAGACAACUGAUUUCAAACUCGCAGCCUGCAAUGGAUAUAUUUGCGGCCCACGUGCCCUGGGACCACUUUGUGUUGUGGCUGCGACCAGCCUCAAGACAGGAAAGAUAUUUCCUAUCUGAUUCUUGUCUUCCCUCCCACAACCGAUCGUGUGCUCCCGCAAGCCAUCCACUCCCCCUACCCUCCUGCUCGCAGUGCCAGAAGAGCGUCUGGCCUGUUUAAGCAGAGAACAGCAGGGCUGGAACUGGAGGACUGGAUGCUCAUCUUAAAGUAGGGGAAGAGGGGCUAGGGGAAGAGGGGCUUGGUGGACCUUCCUGUGUAGUGUGCUAAAUUGGGCAGGGGGGGCAGUAUAAUAUUAAUUUGAGGGAGAAUGGAGGGUGCAUUAUAUUAAUUUGAAGGAGGGAGUGGACAGUGUAUUAAAUUGGGGAGGGAGAGGUCAGUGUAUUAUUUUAUUGGAGGGAGGGGAACAGUGUAUUAAAUCGGAGGAGGGAGUGGGGCAGUGUAUUAGAGUGGUGGGAGAGGGCAGUGUGCUAAAUUGGGGGGAGGGCAUGGUAUUAAUUUGGGGAAGGGAGGGGGGCAGUGUAUGAGAGUGGUGGGAGAGGGCAGUGUGCUAAUUUGGGGGGAGGGCAUGUUAUUCAUUUUGGGAAGGAAGGGGGAAGUGUAUGAGAGUGGUGGGAGGGGGAGCAGUGUAUUAGAGUGGAGAGGGGAAGUGUAUUGGAUUUGUGGGCAGUGUAUUAAAAUGGGAGGAGGGGACAGUGUAUUGAAUUUAGGGACAAUGUGAGUGCUGGGAGGAGGGGCAGUGUAUUCAAUUAGAGCAGAGGAAGGAGGGGUAGUGCAUUACAUUGGGUGGAGAGGCAGUGGAUUAGAGUGGAGGGGGCAGUGUAUUUGGAUUUGUGGGCAGUGUAUUAGAACGGGAGGAGGGGAAUGUGUAUUGAAUUUAGGGACAAUGUGAGUGCUGGGAGGAGGGGCAGUGUAUUCAAUUAGAGCGGAGGAAGGAGGGGUAGUGUAUUAGAUUGGGUGGAGGGGCAGUGUAUUAGAGUGGGAGUGGCAGUGUAUUGGAUUUGUGGGCAGUGUAUUAGAACGGGAGGAGGGGACAGUACUGAAUUUAGGGGCAAUGUAUUAGAUUGGGUCUGCAUGGAGGCGCUGAAAGCUCCUCAUAGAGCUGCUGAUUGGCCGCGCAGCUUUUUGCCACAUGUGCACAAUAGCCUCCCAACGCUUUUCUAUGGGGAAGCAUUGGAUUGGCUGAGAUCAUCAAGUCUGAUGAUCUCAGACAAAGUGAAGAACACACUCAUAGGACUUCAAUAUCAACAAGUUAACGUAAUUUGUUUUUACAGCUGUGCAACAGCAUACAUUCACAAUUUCAGUCCCAUUACCAAACAUUUCUUAAUAUGUCAAGGUAGUUGGAGCGAAACAAUGGUUAUAUGCAAAUGUGUGUUUACUUAAAAUAAAUUUGCUCUUUUGUUUACUUUGAAGCCCUAUGUGCGUGAGAACAUCCAGUGUCAGGCAACUUUUUUAUACUGUACUUUUCUAAAUAAACCUAUGUUUCUAUGAAAACUUAAGUUUUUGCUUUUUUUUGCAGCUGACGUAAACUUAAACCUUGUUUAAUGGCCCGUUUUAGCCUUUGAGUUUGACAUGCAUGUUGUAUAUUGUAUUGACUGACCUAUGAGCUAUUAUUAUUAUUAUUGCCAUUUAUAUAGUGCCAACAGAUUCUGUAGCGCUUUACAAUAUUAUUAGAGGGGGGAUUUAACUAUAAACAGGACAAUUUCAAGAAAACUUACUGGAACGAUAGGUUGAAGAGGGCCCUGCUCAAACGAGCUUACAGUAUAUAGGAGGUGGGGUAUAAAAUACAUUAGGACAGGAAGUAGCAGUCAAAUUAGGUGGGAGUGAAGCAGAGCUGGAGGAGAGAGUAAAGUGCUGCCUUUUAAGAGAGAGCAAGAGACAGGUAUGUGAAGUAGAGAUUAGUCUGGGAGGCCAUAAGCUUUCCUAAAGAGAUGAGUUUUAAGGCACUUCUUAAAUGAUCGAAGACUAGGGGAGAGUCUGAUGGCUAUAGGCAGGCUAUUCCAUAAGAAGGGAGCUGUUUAGGAGAAGUCGUGCAAACGCGAGUUGGCUGUACGGGUGCGAGCAGCGACAGAAGGUGGUCACGGGCAGAGCGGAGAGACUGAGAAGGGACAUACCUAUGGAUCUGUGAGGAGAUAUAAGAGGGGCUACAAUUAUUCAGUGCUUUAUAGGUAUGGGUUAGCACUUUGAACUGACCCCUAUAGUAUAUAAGAAGCCAAUGUAAGGACUGACAGAGGGGUGAGGUGUGAGAGGACCAACUAGAGAGGAAAAUCAGUCUGGCAGCAGCAUCAUUAAUGUCAUUAUUUAUCUGUUUUUAGGUUGAAUAUUACAGAACAUUGAUUUACUGGGAACGGAAGGGAAGGGGUAACAACCAUGAAUGACGUGGCACAAAAGACAGAGGUGGGUAUUUUUUUUGACUGUUAGCACAAACAUCUGAUAAAAUAUGUAAUGAAUAUUGCAAAUACAUUUUUAUAUGGGUAUCUCAAACUGCAAUAAAAUGAUUCCAUAGGGAACAGUCUGGCUGAGCAAAUUUCUACAUACACUCUCUCAUACGAAGCAUGGCCAAUGCUCCAUCUGUUUAUAAAGCACUAUAUCCAACAUUGUCUACUUUUUACAAUCACAACACGAUUGUAGUGCCUCUGUGAAUUUCUUGUCCUUAGAAAUGAUCGCAGAGAUUAUAUGAUUGCAUAUGUAUAUUAAUAAAUAUGCUACAUCAAAAUCUUUAUAACAAUAAUAAAAGAUAAUUGGUAUGAUGGAAUAAAUUAACCAAUUAGAUCUCAAAUACCAACCAUCUGAUUAACAGAGAGAAAUUGCCUUACUAGUGACUUCCAAAGAUAUUCAAUGAUUUUAUAACAAUUUACUCUGAGUGCCACCUGCUCUGCACCCCAAAACUAAAAAGUCACUAUACCAAUUUAUCAGUUUGGCAACAAACUCCAAUUUGGGCAUAGUGAUAACAAAGUGCUAAAAAUAUACAAAAUUCCCCCCAAAAUACGUGCUCAACAAAAUAACGCAGGUAUUUUUAUAUUCUCUAUUGCCCUUGAACUCAGAACCUUUAAAAAAAAAAAUAAUGGAGCUGUAGAGAGUUGGCAGUAACUUAUUUCAGAAACAGCCUUACCUUUUCCACAUUCUUGGAUAGUCAUCCCUCCAAUGUCUAAAUAAUAUCGCUUCUCACAUCUACAUGACACAUAAGCCUCAGUUUAACAUUUGUUUAAUAAGCUUCUUAAAUGUUUUAAUAUAUUUUUAAACAUAUUAAAAUAUAUAUUUUUUAAUAUUUGUUGAUAGUUUGAAAACAUUUUGAAAGUUAAUACUGAAGGGAUGUACAUGAAGCUGUAUUAUUAUCCUGUGCCAGGCAUAGUAGGAAUUCCAUGGGCACAGGGUAAUGCAGCACCCAGAAAGCUAGAAAUGGUUGGAUCAUAGAUAAUGGUGGUGUGGUUUUCACAUCUUCAGAGUGAAAUACAACAAAGAGAGGUUAAUAGUAUAUUUCUACAUUGUGUACAUUAAAGUGAUACUAGAACGAGCAUUUGUAGCUUUUCCUAUUAUUGUGCGAUACUCCCCAAUAUAAAUGCAUACAUGCCACAGCCUUGGGGUAAGAGAUGGCAAUCGUUGGUGCUGGAUUAAAAAACAAUAAAUGGAUGUGGAGAGCUCUCGGUUCUCAAAUUGCACCUUCUAUACAGUUAGCUAAAAUCUCAAAACUGCAGUAUAGGAAAGAAGGGUGAGGGUGAGGUACAGUUAGGGUUUUUCUGGCAGACUGAUCGUACCAAUAUCCCAAUUUUAUGAAUUGCUUACAAUGAAUUGAGAGGUGUUGGUUGAUGUGACAGAUCUGUGUAGUUACUGAAGAAAUCGAUACAUUCUAUAGUUGCAUUCUUUCCCAAUACUGUCCGUUUAGCAAUAAAGUACAAACAAUACUGCAAAGUCCAAACAGAAAAUACAGUGUCUGUGUGUCUAAAAUACAAAACAGUGUUAUCAAAGGGUUCUGGAGACUUAUGUUCAGUGGUUUCGAAACUAUUAUUUUACUGCACUUGUUUUUUUGCCAUUGUAUUACUUAAUAAGUGUGAUUAGUAUAUUUUUGUCCAUAUUCAUAAAAAAGGUGUUCCUUAUGCAUGAUCUUAAGAGUAUAGCAAAGCCGUGUUAAAGGGAUUAUAUUAAGAAUUAGAUGGUGUAUCUGUAGCUCACAAGCAACAGCUCAAAAUGUUGUGAUCAUUUGUAUCUAGACUUUCAUUAUAAUGGUGUACAUGAUAAAAUCUAGAAUUCUAACCCAUUUUUGUAUGUGUCUUGGUUGAAUUGUUUGCAUAGACGGGUUGCAUGUGAGAUGCUGUUGAGGGAAAAUUACUUUGUUUCUGAAGAUUCCAGGAUAUAAAAUUUUACAGUAUGGGGUUAAUUAAUAGUGAAAAAUAAUUAUGCAAAUCUGAUUUCAGAAGGUGAAAGGUCAAUUUUGAAAAAAAAAAAAAGUCACAAGUGCUGCUUGAAUUUAAUUAUAAGUUGUAGUAUGCAAUGUGAUCGAUCCACAAAUUCACAUGCAUCAAUUGUACCAGUACAUAGAGGGGGAGGCUCCUUGCUAUCUCCUCCAAAUAUUUUUGGUUCACCAAAAUGCAGAUCUCGUUUCUACAAGUGGAGCCAUGUAAAUAUUAAAUUGACUCUGAAUUGUUCUAGAAUCUAGAAGAUAGAUGUGUCUGCCCAGGGUUAGAUUAACAUAGGGACUGUUGGAGCUAAAGCUUAAUACUGAAUUUUUUUAUUGUUGUGACCUGUGCUGCCUGAAAUGCUGGGUGCCCUACUUACAGCAUGUGGCCAGCAAGGAACUGAUAUAUUCCUUGACUUGGCUGAGCUUCAUGGUACACACCGUCCAUGGAACCUAAAAUGCCAGCGGUAACUUUGGCUAUGUAUAAUCUAUAUAUUUGUAUCUGAUCUGUGCCCUAAUUAACAACUGGAGGGACCCAAACAUGUCCAGAAGCCACUGCACAUAGGAGUGUCCUUUCUCUACUCCAAACUAUUUGCACACAGACAUACUGAACUCCCGACCCAUUGGAUGGAUUACCGGUGGCCUGUGACCUCUUGCUUUCCCAGAAGAUUUCCCAGUGGCAUAGCUUGCUUGUACAGACUAUUUUAUAUACUUGAACUUUCCAGUUUCUGAAUACCUAUAGGGAUGGUUUCCUAUAUGUCUGCAAAAUCAAUUUCAAAUGAAGGUCAGGCAUUUUUGUCUUUCUCUCCUAAUCGCCCCAAAACAUUGUCCAUCACAGGAUGAGAGUACUGACAAAUGACACUUGCACUUCAGAAUUUUAAUUCUAUAUUAUAUUUUGGUUUUCUUUACCUUGUCUGCUUCUUUUCUCUUUCUCUCAAUUUAAAUCAUGUGAGACUUCAAAGUAAAUAUCAAAUUUAAUGUCAAAUUAGCCAAACUGGAAGCAUAAGUGAUUUAGAGAUAUUUUUUUCCACUUCGGCUAUUUCAACCCUAAUUUUGAAAUUCACUCUGAAUUCGACUUAAAUUCCCACUUUAGUAAAUAAUCCUGACAGUUUAUUUUCUUUGAAAUAUCGGUUCUAGGUCAGAUAAAAUUAUUUUCAACCACUUUCAUGCAAAUAAGGAAAUUAUUUAUAAAGGCUCAUGACCCGAUCCCUGACAUAACCUCUGUCAUUUGUAUUGAUUGGAACUAAUUUACAUUUUAUAUUAAAGAGAAUGUUGUACCACAUCAGCUGAUAUUAGCUCUACAGGCUGAGUUUGUUACAAUAAAAAGAUGGUUUGUGAAUGCAUAAAUGUGUGCAUCUCUCUUAUACAUGCACAACCUUGUCCACAGAGAAUUAAAAACUUCUAAAACGGAAUUACUGUGCAUGGAGUCAUGCUAUAGAACAAUCAAAUAUAUUGCUCAACUGCACUCCGCUGUAGAUACUAUUUACAAUCUACCUAUCGCACUGUACCAUCAAAAUGACACUUUUCAAAGAGGACACACUGAGCAUUAGGAUAAUGAAUACACUUCGAUUGUGUCGUCACAUCCUUUCCAUAUUUUAUUUCCACAGCUCCCCAUAAAACAGGUCCUCACUAUUACAUUGUAGGGCAAUGGUGCUUAUUCACUAGACCAGGAAUUAUAGGAAGACUGAAAAGAGCCUCAAUUAUGUAAUUAUUACAGGUAGCAUUGUAACGUGCAUUGGGGACAGAGAAAGGCAAAAUGUAUUACAAACAAUAUUGAAAAACAUUCUUACAAUAUAGAGAGCAUCUCUCAUUUACUCAAAGUCCCAGUGGUCAUAAAUAUACCGGGAUUGUGGAUAUGCAAAGAAAGGAAACUCAACAUUUCCAAUCUAUGAACACUCUUAUUGAGACAAAUAGCAAAUAACCCCUCUCCCCCCAGGGUUACAAUGCAAAGUCUGUUCUUUCGCUCUAUUCCUACUUUUUCUAACUUCUGCCUUUCUAUCCUGUCUUUCCUGUGUUUCUCAUCUGAAAGAUUCUGCUUUCUACAUCUAAGCCUGUCCAAAAAACGUACGUCCCAAAAAUUGGCAAAGGAGAUGUAAUGAAUAAAUUUGAAGCCAUGCAGAAAGCCAGAGAGGAGCGGAGCCAGAGGAGAUCGAGCGACGAAAAACAACGGAGGAAGGAACAGUACAACAGAGAGAGGAUAUUCAACAAAAAAAAGCAAGAGGUUGAUUUUCUUGCUGUUUAUUUAGUAUUUGAAAUAACAUCCUGUUAUAGCAAGAAACCCUGUGCUUCACUGUAGAGGAAAUUCUAUGUACAAUCAGUAAUUUAGGACACAUUGCACCAUACCAAGAGACAAGUAAAGUAAAGUUGAGUAAAGUAUAUUAAUUGACCAAGCAGAUUUAGAGUGCAAGCUUGUGAGCAACUUAAAGGGACACUAUAGUCACCUGAACAACUUUAGCUUAAUGAAGCAGUUUUGGUGUAUAGAACAUGCCCCUGCAGUCUCACUGCUCAAUCCUCUGCCAUUUAUGAGUUAAAUCCCUUUGUUUAUGAACACUAGUCACACCUCCCUGCAUGUGACUUGCACAGCCUUCCAUAAACACUUCCUUUCCUUAUUGCAAGUUCUGUUUAAUUAAGAUUUUCUUAUCCCCUGCUAUGUUAAUAGCUUGCUAGAUCCUACAAGAGCCUCCUGUAUGUGAUUAAAGUUCAAUUUAGAGAUUGAGAUACAAUUAUACUCCAAGGUUUUCAAUCUAAAUUUAUUCAAUUAUCCCAUAUAGGUAUCACUAUUGCUCACUAUUCUCCCCAACACUGUUACUUUUAACAACACCAAGACGCUCUCUUCUGCACUUCAUAGGACAUGGUGACAAAAUGAUAUCCCUCCAGACAGCCUUUUAAAUUAUCAUGGAAGAUCUAGCUCUUAAAACUGCCUUUUGUCCAUACCUAGUGGGUAAUUCCAUAUACUGAGUAUUAAUAAUACAAAAAAAAACCUACAAGGUUAUAUCACUUGUGUUGGUGCCCGAUUGGCACAUUUGCCCUAUAAACAAUGAACCUACAUCAAUUUGAAACAAACUACUCAAUACUCUCAAUUUAACAAAUGUAUUUGUUUAAAGAAAUGCUAUAUGCACCCAGACCAUUUCAGGAACAGGGGUGAAACAGAAGAGUAUUUAUUCAAGGAGUUUGUAAACAAUUCCAUGGCCAGAUUACUCACAAGAUGGCUGCGAAGGGCCCAUGACUUAGACAAACGCUUCUUGUUAUGGAAGGUGGUCAAAGGUGACUCCUCACAUUUUUGCACCACUUUUUAGCACAGAACACUAAUAAAUCUCUCCCAUUACUUUAAAGUGUCAAAGGUUGACAUUAUAAAAAGUUUUUAAAAAUGCUUAAAAAGAGGAAUACAUACAAUAGUACACAAUAGAUAAAUACUACAAUAACAUGGCAAAAGAAGUAAAACUGUCUCAACAAUGUGCAAUGAAAAAAAUACAUUAGGCAUGAAUUAUAAAAAAUACAAAAAUAUUUUUUUUAACAAAAUUAAAAAAAAACAACACAAAUGCAAAAAAUAAGUGGCAAGUUCUAAAUCUAUUUUUUUUUUUGUAUAGGAUGUUUCAUAAAUAAUACUAAAUAUCCCAGUAAUUAACAAUUUUGACAUAAACAAAUUCGGAUUCAGUGUAAAGUACCAUUUGGGGCAAAAGUUCUAAAAGUGGAGCAAUCACCAUGGAUACUAGUGGGAUAUUUCUCUGAAUUGCUUUACUUUUUACUUACUCCAAGAAAGCCAAAACCGUUCUGAGAAAACAAUAACAUUUUCCACAGUUAUGUUGUGUAUAUAUGGAAUUCCACAAACAAAUAGUAGUUCUGGUUGUGCUUGUUAUAUCACCCACUAGUUAUAAAGGUGAGACAUGAUGUAUCCUUGAAUACAGACUCUAGAAUGUUGAAGUCAUACUAAUAAGUCAUAGUUUUAAACCUAUUUGGAACAUUACAGAUGUAACCUUUUAUGUGCUUUUUGAAAAUAUAUUCUAGAUGAAGGAAUUACUGGCAUCUGACGAUGAAGAGGAAAGUAACUCAAAACAAGUGGAAAAGGGAUUUGUUCCAAAGCUGACAGGUACAUAAUUAUAUAUUCUGUACUGUUUAGGGUCAAAAUGUGUUUUAUUACCCAUAUUGUCUUAUUGUAAGAACAUGGAAUCCACAACCGUUUUUGUAUUUCCUCUGGGCACAGGAACAGUUAAAGGAAAGUUUGCAGAAAUGGAGAAGCUCAGGCACGAAGAAGAGAAAAAGAGAAUGGAAGAAGAAAGAAAAAGAAGGAUGGAACAAGAUUUAAAGGAGAAGAAAAAGAUACAGCGAGAACUUGCCAAAAAAGCAGAGAUGGUAUGUAUAAAAUCUUGGUAAUCACUGAAUUCUGCAAUAUAUACCAAACCAGUAAACAUAUCAUCUAUGCAUUUUUAAUUUUGAAUGGAAGUUGGGUGCACUGCAUCACCUUCAUGUAGCCAAACAAUUCCGUGAGUGCCAGUGGUGUCAGAAAAUGAACGUUACAUUGGUCACAUUCGUGGUAGUAUCACCCUUUCAGCUCAUUUCAAGGAAUAUGCUAGAUAUGUAUCCUUACCACUAGAGUGUUAUACUAGCUAGUUAGAUUCCCCUCACCCCCACUUUAAGUUAAAUAAAUAGAUACCAUAUUUCCCCUGGGGCGCCGGUCUCACCACAGCCGAUACGCAUCCCGGGUUGAGAUAAUUCGUACUGAUGAUCGCAGCCAAUCCAGUGCUGUCCUAUUGAAAUCCGAGGGGGCAGUGUUAAACUGCUGAGCUGUAGGGACAAUAUAUUUGCUCAGAACCAUUACAUUAAGCUGUAGUGGUCCUGGUGCCUAGAGUGUCCUUUUAAAGGAACACUCUUUUGAAAGAUUUAAAGAAUUUUGUAGAUAUACCCCAAAAGAAAACAUGCAUGAAUAUUUUUAUUAUAUGACAAAACAGCUUGCAACCGCUGCAGACCUGUUGUCUGCAGCCUUUGCAACCCUCCUCUAACUUUCAGUCUGUGAUGUGGAAUACUCCAAUCAGAGCCUUCUCUGCAGCUAAAGUGUGUAAUGUGUUUGCAGUGUUCCUUUAAGUGCAGUGAUCAAACAGCAUUAUGAUCUUUCUGUAGGUUCACCAUCUAUUGCAAAACAUUACAGAUCAGCACACUAUAAAAAUUACUGACUAGGUUUAAAUAAUUACUAGAUUAUUGCAUGGAAACAUAGAUUUAUAGCAAUAACGUAAAAUCUGGACUGCACCAUUUACAGGAUUCAAGAAAUCUGGACAACCUGCUUUCAUUUGAAUUAAGAUAUAUUUUGUACGAUAUCAUAAUAAACCACAUUCUAACUCUAAAUUAUAAGUCCUUAUAAUGAAAUGUAAUGAGUUCUCAACAAGUACAUUUAUUUUCUUGGCUUUUACAUAUGUCCUGAACCUGUCUACCUUUGAAGGAUCUGUUUAAUUUUAGCAAAAACAUCAUUUAAUAAUCUAAAAUUCUCAUUCAAUAGAUUGAUGUCAUUAACUGUACUGGAAGUGGCUCGGAAAUGGAGGUAACCAGACAUUUCUACUUCAUAAUAAUACAUCUUUCUUUUCUUUCUUCAUUAUUUUCAUCUUUCAUUUUCACUAAAUACAUUUUAUAUAACAACAUCUACCAAGGAUACAAAUGGCACCAUUUUAUACUUGAAAGCACGUUAUUGUUCCAAUACCCAGUCAAUAAUUCUGGUUAUAAUGUUGACAAGUGAAGCUAACACACUAGUCUACUUGGGCAUCAAUCUCUUUGAUGUUUUCACAGGACUAAGCAAAAAGAAGCGUUGAUCACUUAAAGGAACACUAUAGCGUUAGAAAUAGAAACCUGUAUUGCGAACGAUAUAGUGCCUUAUUUGCAGAUUUCGUUUAGGUAACCACCCCCCUCUUCUAGUAAAAACCUAAAAAAAAUAAGCAACCUUUGGCUCUUGAGCCAAUGGCCAACCCAUUGCUCCUCAUAGAGGAACAGCGAAAAAUUGCUGUACAAAUUUUUCUCGGUCAGUAUAGAGGAAGCACCUUUAGGAAGACAGUCACUAGAGGUGGAUUUAAACCUGCAAUGUAAACAUUGCAGUUUCUAAAAAAAAAUGCAAUGAAAAAAAUAUCAAUGUUUUACAUUGUAGGGUUAAAACGAGAGCACUGCACCCAGACCACUUCUUGGGUGACUUUAUUGGUUCUUUAACACAGAAUUGCAGUGAACUAAAUACCGAAUUGAUAUUCAUGGUUAAAUAGGCCAAAUGUUUUCCAAAUCCUAAAGCCUAGAUUUUGCAAUUCCAUUUACAGUUCACUAUUAUUUGGUACCUAGUUCAUGGGAUAUUUUAAACAAGGAGUCAUAACUUAUUAUUUUAUAAUACUUUAAUCUUUGCAUGUCACUAUGCAACAGUAUGCUUGAAUAAACUUAGUCAUGUAAUCAGGAUCUGGCACCAAGCAUCCCAAAAAACUCUGCAUUAAAAUUAAUCUUAAUAAAAUACACUGUCACUCAGCAGUGUCCUUUCUCACACUUCUGGCACUGUACGGGUUGAAUGAUUUUAUUGUUUAAUAAUACGAGGACAAAUAACAGCUAUGUGAAUGUCACUUUAUGACACUAAAAUGUCCUUGAUGUAAUGAGUUUUAUACAUACCCAACAUGUAUUUUGAUGUAACUAAGUUCCAGCAACAUUCAAAGUAACCAAUUCAAAUCUGAAAGGUUUUCAGUAAAGGAUUGUUACUGAUGGCAGAUAGAAUGUCAGUUACCAAUCAGAAUCUCUUAUUUGGUAAGUAGCGCUCUGGACAAUCUGUUAACGCUGAAUGACACUGUACCCAAAAGAAAUAAUGGUUAGUCAGAAACAUUUUUUUUUUUUAAAUAAACCAACACCAAAAAAACCUCAAUAACUGCUGGACAGAGUUAUAGAAGAUCAACUCAAGGUAUGUAUCUGGUAAUAAAGUACUAAAUAUUUGCAAAGAUAUUUAAUGAAAGGAACACUAGAACUAGCAAUACAAAGCUAGUUUAAAAUAAAGAAAAUAAAGAUUUUACUCAUCUUUUUCUAGCUGCUCAUCUCUCUUCCUACUGCAAUGUUGUCUCAUGGCCUCCUCCGGCAAUGGUCCAGUCCAAUAUUCCUCACAGAGGAGUCUUGGGGACUUGAUGAGCCCUGUGCACACAUUCAAGAUUCCCCAAAGGAAAUAAUUUCAUUCACUGUUUUCCCAUGAACUUCAACGUCACAUGACCAAAUAUUCCUCAGCCAGUGCAGUGGAAGCGCCUCUAGUCGUUGUCGGGAUGACAGCCACUCAAGUGGCUUUAACCCUGCAAUGUAAACAUUGCAGUUUCUAAGAAACUGCUAUGUUUUACAUUGAAGGUUUAAAACUACAAGGCCACUGCAACCAGAUCACUUUAUUAAGAUGAAGUGACAUGGGUGACUUUAGUGGUUCUUUAAGCACAGCCUUAUUCAUUGACAGUAAUGUAAGGCUAAUACACUGUCUCAAAAUUGUGUCCCUCUGUAUAGCCUUAACAAUAUAACAAACAUUGGAGCCAUUUGCCCUCUGUGUGUGCACUUAGAUAUACAUUAGUCUCAAAAUGCACAGAUCUGUUACUUUUUGAUGCUUAAUAGUUGAGUUGCUAGGAUGUCAAGUUUGCCACUCGAAAUGCAAUUGCAUAAGGGUGCUAAUGAACCUUUACAGUAAAGUUCUAAUGAAACCUCAUAUUAUGUGUAAAGCUAUGCUGUAUAAUAUGUUGCACUGUAUCUAUGCACUUCUUAAUGUGACACUCUAGACUCUAAAACAACUUUGGCUUCAUGAAGUCGUUUUGGUGUACAGAUCAUGCCCCUGCAUCCUUACUGCUGUAUUCUCUAACAUUUAUAAGGUAAAUCACUUUUGGUUCUGUUAUUGUGUCCCUAGCCACUGACUGUAACUGGCACAGUCAACAUGAAAAAGUGGUUUAAAAUGUUACUCCAACCAUGAUGACCACUAUUGCUGUACAUACAGAGAAAUUAGUUACACCUGGUACAUGUAUUGUAGACAGCCUGGAACAAUGUCAGUUCUGUGCAUAUUUUAUGCCUGUCAUAAGCGUGCAAUGUAAAGAGAUUCUCCCUCGCUUGCGUGUAUGGGGAGCUUUUCUCACCCCUAAUGCUCUUUCUCUCUCCCACCUCAUUUCAUUGUCAGUUACUUUUUUUUUUUUAAAUCCCCUGAACUGCCUUCUUCCCCGCUCCCAUCCCUCCCUGGCUCAGAGCACAAGCAUGUGAUAUGAGCUUACAAAACAGUCCAAUCAAAGGCAUCUCUGUAAGAAGCCUUUGAUCGGACCACAAGAGGCUCUUGGUGACUUCUGAAGAGGCAUGGACAGCAGCGCCGGGCAAUUACAGAUAAGUUUAAAUCUUUUGUGUUUUUUUGCAUUUUUGAAAGAGAAGGACCUAGCCAGAAAUGCAUUUGAAUUUGAAGUUAAACACACAGUGUGUUUACUUACAAUUUCUUCUUUUCUCCUCUGUUAAUUUUAAUCAUGCACAGGAAUGCAACUUGAUUCACUGGUGACAGGAUGUGUCCUCCCACUAAAGGGGUGUGCUAACCAAGUGCCAAAUAUGCCAGGCUUGACCGCCUCCUGGUCAGCCCCCAACAUGGAAGAAGUGUUCUGUGUAUGGCCCCAUUGCCCCUCGCACAGCUCAAGUGCAUCUAAUUAUGUGCUGUACUCCCUGUAGACUGCCCCCUGGUACAGAACAGCAGGGAACAAAAUCAGGAAAGUUGGAGUUGACUCUUAAAUAGGGACAAUUGGCAGGCCUGCAUGGGAGUGUACGGUACAUCGCAUUAGGAUGUGUACCCAGUAUCUUUAAUGCUAAUAACAAAGAGGUGACUAUGUAAAUAUUGUUAAGUUCAGAAAAAUCUUUGAUUUGAGCGGUAGGGUUGUGGGGUGAUGUGGCGAGCCAGCAUAAUGUUUAAUUUAGGUUUACUUUUGUCCAGUCUCCUAGUGUGGCUUCAUAUUCUCUUGGAUCUUCAACAAAAUCCAUGGAUUAUCUACCCUGCUCUCUCUUAACUUAUUUGGAGUUAUUGAACUUCCCAAAGUCUAAUAACUCCAAAGUUAUUGAACUUCCCUUGCACAUUUAGCAACAUACCUGUAUUUCCUCAAUUGUAACAGGAUAUGGUUAUAUAAAUACGAUCCUGGUUGUAUGCCAUGCCACCGGUUGAUGUUUUUGGUGGUAUUCAUGUGGCCGCAAUGUGUUAUACUGUUGCCUUCCUCGGCAGCCUGAAAUAGUAGAUGAUGAUAGAGCCUGCUACUCCAGUAUCUUGCGGACUAAAGUUCACUGCUAACUUUUAGCUGGCAAGAAACAUACCCACUCCCCAACCCCUUCUUGAAGGUAAUUAAUAGCAUUGACUAAUAUCUUACUAAGUCAUAUAAUAACUCUAAUGACCUAAUCUCAAUAUUUAUUUAAAAAAUAUUUUACCAGGAUGGAUAUGAUUUCUCUCGUUUUCAAGUAUGUCCUGGGUCUUUGUCCACAAAACAUUGCAUUGUUACAAUAGGAUACAAUAUUACAAAAAUACAAUAUACAAACUAUAUAUGUACACACAUAUAUAAAUGUAAUACAUAACAGGUAAUAAAUAUAUUCAACCAUGGCAGGUGCAUUCUGUGCUGAGGUAUAUUGCCAUAGAUCGCUUAAAAGAUUUUAGAUUGAAUGAAGGUUUGACUGUGUCCCUGAGGUAAUUCCAUAAUUGCGGUGCUCUGUAGGAAAAGGAGGAUCGAGCCACUUUAUUUUUGUGUUGCGGUAUGCUAAAUAUCGUGCUAGUACUGGAUUGGAGGUUAUAGGAGUUUGGAACCGUCGGGGAGAGCAUUCUACUCAGGUAGGGUGGGAGCUUCCCAGAAAUGCUCUUGUGCACAAGGCUGGAAAGAUGAAAAGUGCUUCGGGAUUCCAGUGACAGCCAGUUUAGCUCUUUUAACAUGUCACAGUGGUGGAUAAAGUAAUUACAUUAUAGUACAAAGUGGCAGAACAAAUUAUAUAACGUAUUAAGUUUAUUAAGGUGGGUUUGCGGAGCGAGUGCUUACACUACAUCCCCAUAAUCAAUGACUGGCAUUAGCAUUUGUUGCACUAUCUGUUUCCUUACUAUAGGGCUUAGGCAGGAUUUGUUUCUGUACAGGGCACCUAGUUUUGGGUAAAGUUUUGAAGAUAUUUUUUCAAUGUAAAGGCCAAAAGAUAGAUUGGGGUCUAGAUAUUUGAAAGAGCAGACUGCUGUAAGUGUGCUACGUGAAUUUGUUCGGAUACACAAUUGUUGAUUUUGUAGUUUAUGUUUUGUCAGUGUUUAGGAAGAGUUUGUUAUCCGCUAUCCACUUUUCUACCUCUGUGAAUUGGUUUUGGAGCACAGCCUCAAGCUGCGCUAGCUUGGGUUUACUAGCGUAGAUUACAGUGUCAUCUGCAUACACGUGUACAGUUGAGGAUUUGCAGACGUUAGGCAGAUCAUUUAUAAAUAAUGUGAAUAGCAGGGGGCCGAGUAUGGAGCCUUGGGGAACACCACACGUGACUGGAAGAGGGAGGGAAGCGUAUCAGAAAUGGCCACAUAUUGCAAUCGGUCUGAAACAUACGAUCGAAACCAGGUUAGCGGACGAUCACCAAUGCCUGAGUUUUUACGUUUUUGCAAAAGAAUGCCAUGGUCUACUGUGUCAAAGGCCUUGGCAAAAUCAAGGAAAAUAGCUCCAGUUAAGUCUCCUUGUUCCAUGCCAAUUUGGAUGUCAUUGCAAACUUUUAAGAGGGCAGUCGAAACUGAGUGAUUUGGACGAAAACCUGAUUGAUAACAGGUCAGAUAAUUUGAUCGUUGAUAAUAUAAAUACGGUGGGAUUUAAUUCUCUUUUACAAUACCAAUUGAGAUCUAGCCCUGACAUUCUCUGGGGCUCUGUUGUAGCUACACAGACGGGGCAUUACUCGCACUUUAAUUGGACUGGACAGUUAUGUUAUCUUAUUUUUUUAAUUGCUUUCUUUUACCUUGCAUUACUGUUGAAUAUGUGCAUGUAAAAUAUUUCAUAUGCACUAUCAACAUGUUAUACUCUAUUUGCUUUAUUAUCGAUACUACGAUGCAUGACCUGUCAAUUAUAUCUUGCAUUCACAAUUAAUAAUUGAAAACACAUGAAAUGAAAAAUUUGGCCUGGCAACACAUGGCCCACUUCUUGUGCAUGCCUAUGUAUACAUUAUUGCCACAUAGAAAGUUAAUUGCUAAAUAGAAUGGUUCACUAUCUGCAAAGUGGAGUCAUUUUACACUUAUCUUAAUUUUACAUUCCAGUAGCUGCCAGCAUGGUAGCUCUAUUAAUAGACUCGAUAUGACAGUGACAAACUGAUACAGCAGGUGGUGAAAGCCCUGCCUGCAAGCUAAGAGGUGUUUAGAUCCACAGUUUAAGCAUACGAUUUGGCAGUUGUGUUGCCAGGUAUCCAUCAAUGAAAAAGCAUGGUCUAAAGACACUGCAAAGACUAGUAAUCCUCUUCAAAUAGACGUUGGGUUUGAGGAAUGUUUUCAAAGUCAGAGACUACAUUGUUGUGUGUUCCAGAGAUGUGGCGCAACUGGAGAAUGUCCCAUAGAUAUGAAAUUUAGGAAUUGAUAAAAAAAAAAAAUGGGGGUGAGACUUAAGUUAUGAGUGGAAUGGCCAAGAUGGAAAGUGACGAGGAAUUACAGCACAUAUGAUAGGUUGAUUUAACUUGUAUUCUUGAUGAGAUGUAAUGUCAGAAAAGCAGCAGACAAUGGCGGGAUGAGCACAUAACCCCAAUCUCUUUCCUCCUGUCGGUGAUAAAUGCUGAAACUGAGUGGAUCAGUUGAUUUGGAAAAGUUCCCCACUACUGUUGUAAAAGCUUGGCUAUUGUAGACAUAAUAUUUAUAUUUUGGUUUUCAGUUCACUGUUUAGUGUAUACACUGUAAUGUAACCUCCAACAGAUUUUGGCUAAUGCAAUUCUUUAGGACAUCAUGGACCUUGAGAGAAGCAUCGGCUGUUGAUGGAUACCUUGUGUCUAUGGAAUAUGCUAAUUUCUAUAUUAAGCUGUUCUGUAACUAUAAUAAAUAUUACAGAUUUGCACUUUACCAGUUUGUUGGGGACCCCUUACUAUCAGAUUUGUUGUCCUGUAAAACAAGAGGGUCUCUCAGAUACAUUUUAAAGGAUAUGCUUUUCAUACUCUGGGUAAUACUAAUGAAAGGUUAAACGGACAUGUGCCUCACAACUUUUAACCUUUUUUAUGGGUAUAUAGGAUUCCAUGAAGACAAAAGUUGGGAGGCAUGGGUGAGCAUGGUGAGAAGGACUGUAACAUCCUGUAUGCAUUAAAGCUAAGUGAGAAGAAUGACAAGCAGGGGGAGACUCUGACACUGAAUUUAGUUUAUUUUGUAUCAUAUUGGCUGAGAAACUGGCGGAUGUAAUCAAAAUUCAGAAGAAUCUGUGACUGGGUGAGAGGCGAAGGUGUAAUUAAAUGACUGUCAAAUAUUCAUAUGAAAGCAUCGCCAUCUGCAGGUUUUAGUAGAAAUUGCAAUUCUUGCAACUUUCUUUACUGAUGGAGACAGCACUGAAUGCCUGUACGUGUGUUGUAACUUAUAUAGCGCCAACAUAUUCUGCAAGGGUAUAGGAAAAAAAAAAAAGAAGCUAAUAAAUGACAAAAUUUCAAGGUAAUCAUAUGCAAGCGAAUAGGGCUCUGUUCAAGCAAGCUUAUAAUAUAUGAAGAAGUAGGGUAUAACAACACAAGAGAAAGAAGAUAGUGUAAGAGGGAAGGAGACACAGAUAUGAGAAAGUUAUAAAUCAGGAUUGAUUGUUGAUGAGACACAGAACAGACUGGUCAUCAAUCCAAUCAUUUUCAGUUUUUAUGUUUCGAUUUAAAUAAUCUACUAGUGUAGGGUAAGACAAAAUUCUGUAUCAGAUUACUUGCUUCAUGUUAAUGAAUACCCUUUAAUAUAUGCAUGUUCUACCUUGUGAAAAGAAAAUAAACAUAUUAAAAUGGAGGAAAGAUAGGUUGCAUAGCUCUCAAAGCUGCUUGUAUGCAAUCUAUGUGGUUCCCAAAACUUCACAUUUGAUAUAACAAUGAAAUUCUUUCUUCAUUUACAUUGGAACUGAUCCUCUCUCGAAUGUUCUGCAAAUCUUAACUACUCUUUCAUAUUCCUUUAAUCAUAUUAUUUUCCUUCAAAGUAGACUAUUUUAACCUAGGGCAGUUUCUCUUUCAAAACAGGAAGGAACUGAGGAAGUGGCUGAAGUAGCCACACCAGUGACAAUAAACAGAUCCCCAGGGAAAAUAAAUGUCAAUUUUGAAGAUCUAGAAAGAGAAAGGGAAGAAGAAGAGAAGCAGAGACGAGAAGAAGAAAAAACGAGGCGAUAUGAUGAGCAUAGGCGGUCAUUCAGGGAAGCUAAAAGACACUCCACUGCCAUGGUAACAGUUAGAUGUAUUUACCGGUCUUGGGUUUUCCUUAUUAACUGUACAUUGAAUGGUAAAAAAAAGGCAUUCCAUCAAGAAGACAUUCUAUUGACGGCUAAUCUAGCAUAGAAAAACUCCUCUCGGCAUCGUGCUUCACUUUUAAAAGUUUGUUCCAGAGUUGUUACGUCUAUCGUAAAAAAUAGUAAAGCGUUACUGUGAUUUUGUCAAAUAGGAUGAAUUUGUUAAAUAGGAUAUCAUUUUACCUUCUUUGGUGCAGCUAGGAAAAAUGUAGAUGUGUGAAGCAAUAAAUCCUUUUUUUUCAUUAUUUUAAGGAUGAAACUGAGACUCAGGACAAGAAGACAAAGGAGAAUUUAACACCUGGCAAACUGAAAAUGACAUUCGAAGAGCUAGAAAAAGAAAGACAAGAGCAGAAAAAAAGGCACGCAGAGGAAGAGGCCCGUCUUCGUUUAGAAGAAGAGAGACGAGCGUUUGAAGAAGCAAGACAAAAUAUGGUGACAACACCCAUGAAAAUUAUACUUAAUUAAAAUCACUACUAAAUAAUAGAAGUUUCUCAAUAUUUUCUCCAUCAUAUUUAAUUUAUCAUUAUAUAAAACUCUGGCAAUUAUAUUAACCAAUUAAAAAUAUAUUACAUUAUACCUCCCUACCCCCAAUGACAAAUUGUAAAUUAAAUCCUUAUUACCUUUAAAGGGGACUGAGGAUGAUGAAGAAAGGUCAAUGGACAUGUACAAGGAGGAAUUUCGGCCGGGCAAACUGAAGUUGAGCUUUGAGGAAUUAGAGAGACAGCGGAAAGAAGAAGAGAAAAGGAAAGCAGAGGAGGAAGCUAGACGUAGAAUAGAAGAAGAAAAAAUGGCAUUUGCUGAAGCGAGAAAGAACAUGGUAGGGUAUUUAUUACACGCCACCUAGCUGUGCUGCAGAGUAUUUAUAUAAGUCAAUAUGGAGUAAUCACCAUGGAAUGGAGACCAAUAGAAUGUCUCUCAACAUUUAGCACUUAGCAUUACAUAUAGCACUUGUUUUUGAUAAACCUCCUUGUAUUUUAUUAUACCUUGUGUUACUGUAAGGGGGAUCAUGUGCUUUGUUUGCUGCUUUAACAGGCAUAUCAGGAGGAAGAUGAAGAAAGUUUACCAGAAACCUCAAAAGAGUUUAUGCAGACCGGGAAGCUGAAGCUGAGUUUUGAAGAGCUGGAGAGGCAACGACAAGAAGCUGAGCACAGGCGGGCAGAAGAAGAAGCACGCAGACGGCUGGAAGAGGAGCGCAGGCAGUUUGCAGAAGCUAGAAAGAACAUGGUUGGUUCUCACUUCGAAUCUAAAGAUCUAGUGUUAUUUGUAUGUCUGUUCUAAAAUGCCAUUAUGGAAACAAAGUUCUAGCAGUGGAGAAAAUGCCAUGCAAACCCGAAAGACUGGGCCUAGUGAUAGCUCCACGUUUAAAGGAACACUAUAGUCACCUAAAUUACUUUAGCUAAAUCAAGCAGUUUUAGUGUAUAGAUCAUUCCCCUGCAAUUUCACUGCUCAAUUCACUGUCAUUUAGGAGUUAAAUCACUUUGUUUCUGUUUAUGCAGCCCUAGCCACACCUCCCCUGGCUAUGAUUGACAGAGCCUGCAUGGAAAAAAAAUACUGGUUUCACUUUCAAACAGAUGUAAUUUACCUUAAAUAAUUGUAUCUCAAUCUCUAAAUUGAACUUUAAUCACAUACAGGAGGCUCUUGCAGGGUCUAGCAAGCUAUUAACAUAGCAGGGGAUAAGAAAAUCUUAAUUAAACAGAACUUGCAAUAAAGAAAGCCUAAAUAGGGCUCUCUUUACAGGAAGUGUUUAUGGAAGGCUGUGCAAGUCACAUGCAGGGAGGUGUGACUAGGGUUCAUAAACAAAGGGAUUUAACUCCUAAAUGGCAGAGGAUUGAGCAGUGAGGCUGCAGGGGCAUGUUCUAUACACCAAAACUGCUUCAUUAAGCUAAAGUUGUUCAGGUGACUAUAGUGUCCCUUUAAUACUAACUUACCUCAGAAUUGCUCAUCAUGCAUAAUUUGAAUCCAAAAUCUGCAAAGGAAAGUAAACCCAGCAUGUUUUACAUUAUAGGGUAUGAAAUCUUCCCCACCCCCCUUUUUUAAAUUGGGGUUUAUUUAUAUCUAAACAUGAAAGGCCCAUUGCUGUUCACCUGGAUACAGCCCCCCACCCCCAACAAUGCUAAAUUAGAUGUCUAGUCAUUCCAGAAAAGUCCCAUUGCAUCUACAGACCCUUAUUAAGGUUCCAAUUAAGGGCAUGAUUGCAUUUGCAUGUUUUACAGUUAAAUUACACUGUAGGGAAUUCUUCACUCUUGGUUUGGCUACAUGGCAAUAUAAACAUAAAGGAAUGUUACUAUUCAAUAAAUGCAUUUAGGCUCCUAACGCAGUUCUAGUGGAUGUGCAUGCGCAGUAAUUGCAUUUUCUGAAUGGUUUGGAAUCUUACUAGCUUUAAAAUGUAAAGCUUUGAAAGCUAGGCAAAAUGCAACUGUAUGUCUGACAUGUGCUGAAACAAUACCCCUUGUUUAUGCAGAAACCUUGCACUUUCCUAAUUAUUUUUUAAGCAUGCAGAUCCAGAUAGCAUUCAUCUCGCUGUGGAGGGCUGUGAAAUGGACAGUAAUGACACAUGCAAAGUAAGAUUCACUUAAUAAGGUGCUCCAAGCUUAAUUAUUUACAACUUCAUAAUAAUAGUGCAGUGAUGGCUAACAGUACCACAAUAGAUGCUUGUAAACUGUAUUUCCAAUGCUUUGUCUGCUAUCUUUUUCUAAGAGUUUAUAUGCUUUAUCAUUCUUUUAUGUCACAAGAUUCUGUAAUUCUUUACAGGGAAAUGUUUUUAGUAUAAUGAACCAUACCUCCCAAAAGUUCAAAUGGCCAAAGAGGGGCACAUUCAUUCUGGAAGGUGUGGUUGAGGAGGAGUGACUUGGAGCAGAGCUAUCUUAAGACAUUUUUUGUGACUUCAUGACUUAUUGAUAAUACGCAACUGAACAUGUAAUUUCAACUAGACCACUUGUUAACUUCUCAACAAAUGUUCUUUAACAGCUUUAUUGCUGUGACUGCUUUAAAAAAAAAAAAUUAAAAAAAUAAUAAUUGGGGGUUCCUAGGAAAAAGGCAUACAUGGAUAGAAAUGAGGGACCGAGGGACCAGGGAUUCGGGAUCAACACAGUACAAAAAUGUUCUAUAUGUUUUUUUAAAAAAAAUUAUUGAAUACACAUGGAUGCAAAGUUAAUUUUAGUAAAGAGAUAAAGAUGCUUCAUAGGUUAAGAUAGAUAUUUUCGCAUGUUUUAGCUAUAGUGUGUAUAUCUAAAAAUAAGUUUAUUUCCUGUUUUCGCUUGAACGCAUGGCCAGAAGUAAUUCUAAAAUUGAUUAACUAAUACUGUGCAAUGAUUUCCUGGUUAAUGCAUGUUACAGGGUGAUAAUAAUAAUAAUAUUGAUAAUAAUAAUAAAAAAUAGACUUCCUUAGAAAUUGUUUGAUGGGAUGCAAAAACAAAAAAUAAGUUAUAUUAAAUAAGUAAUUUCCUCUUCUCCCCUAUUUUAAUGCUCUUUUUUUCAAGCCCUGCUUGUUCUUCAGACAUAUGAGGUUAUAUAUUAAAAGACAAUCAGGGGCAAAAUUCUAAAAUUAUGCAUGUCCACAUGGAAACCAAUGGAAUGUGCAUACUGGUUACUUAACUAUGCACAAAUCAUAAAAUGGUUAUUAAUUAACAAGAGAAUAAAAAGGGUGUGUACUAUAUGUGACACAGAAACAAACAGUGCUACCACAUGGAAAAGUGUACCUCACAUACACGCAUGAAUAUGGCAAAAAACAAAAUGUACUUUAUACAAGAUAUAUACCGAAAAAUCGGAACCAGAAAAUGUCGGGUAACUCUUUUCAUGAAAUAGAUCAAAAAUAAUAGUGAAAAAUAAAUAACAGAUGUGACAACCAGAGGCAAUCUUAAUAGAUUAAAAUGGUAGAAGACAUAACCCUCCCAACACCUCUAUAAGUAUUAGGGAAUAUUCUUUAUUAAUCACUAAGGGUAAUGGUUAGGGUAUGUCUAUUAAAUUACUAAAUUGGGAUAGAGCUAUAAUUCCAAAGAUCAAAAUUAAAUAUAUUUAAAUGAGGGUUAGGCCCUUAUCAGUUGGGUACUCCUCGUGAGACCUUUUCCUUUUCUUUUUUUAUUUUUUUUAUACUUUUAUAACCCUGUGGGGAAGUAUAAACAAAAAGGUGGUAUAGCACAAUGAGAUUAAUAGAGGAUACAACCAGCAAUAAACAGGAUGGAAUAUAAUGGUGAUCUGAAAAUAUAAAAUAACAUAUAGUGAAGUAUAUAGAGUUGGAUGGCUAAAUCCAGGAGGAAGAAAACUUACAAAAGAACAUAGAUGGUCUGAGCAUAUCUCCCCUCAGGGGUUAUCUUUAGAUGGUGAAAACUCCUUCCAAUUGGCUGACUCCUCAGAGGGAUAAAGAGAGUAAAUGCAUAUAGUAUAAUACUGUUAAAUUAUAACAAAGAUUUAUUCACUGAUUGCACUUACAUCAAUGCUGAAAUCAACUGGCAUAUCUCCACUAGCAAGUGGAUCAAGGUGGUAUUCCAAUAAAGCAAGAUAAUAUGGCAAUCAAAUAUUGCAAGGUAAAAAUAAAAAACAAAUGUGAAUGAGAAUGGACAAAAUAAAAAUCCAACGCGUUUCGUCAAAGGCUUGACUUCCUCAGGGAACAUCUUGGGAACAAAGCCAUUUCAUCUUGCUUUAUUGGAAUACCACCUUGAUCCACUUGCUAGUGGAGAUAUGCCAGUUGAUUUCAGCGUUGAUGUAAGUGCAAUCAGUGAAUAAAUCUUUGUUAUAUUUUAACAGUAUUAUACUAUCUGCAUUUUCUCUCUUUAUCUCUUAAAGGAUUCAGCCAAUUGGAAGGAGUUUUCAUCAUCUAAAGAUAACCCCAGAGGGGAGAUAUGCUCAGACCAUCUAUGUUCUUUUGUAAGUCUUCCUCCUGGAUUUAGCCAUCCAACUCUAUAUACUUCACUAUAUGUGAUUUUAUAUUUUCAGAUCACCAUUAUUUUCCAUCCUGUUUAUUGCUGGUUGUAUCCUCUAUUAAUCUCAUAGUGCUAUACCACCUUUUUGUUUAUACUUCCCCACAGGGUUGUAUAAAGUAUAUUUUGGUUAUUAAGUAUCCUAUGUAUUCAAUUAGCGUUUUGUAAAAAAAAACAAAAAAAACAAUUUGCUACUUAAUCGUUUUUGGUAUAUAUACUAUAUAUACAAUGACAAUAGCAAUAAUCACAUGGGAGGAAAAAACUGUAGACUAAAACAAAGCCAAAGAAAAAAAGGAAACAAUGAGUUAUUAUUGUCAUUUUGCAGAGCUCCCAAUAAUCAUUUUUGCGCUAAUUCCCCAGAACUCUGAUUAUCUCUAAAUAAAUUAAAACAAAUGAAGUGAUAAGUCAGCUAAAUGCACCAAAAAGUUGUAGAUAAUUAGUUCAUACAAACUACUGUUUAUAAAAGGGGAUUCAAAGAGUACUGUAUGAAGGGAACUAGUACCAGUGAGGAGGGAAGAUCAAUAAAACAAUAUAAAUUCUGGGGAUAAAAGGGAAAAUAAAAUAAAAAAGGGAACCUUGAGAGAAAUAAAAAUACCAAUACAAAGCAGAGCAAAUCAAUUAACCAGUAAGAAAAGAAAAAAGGGAGAAGUGGGGGUCGGUCCACAGGUAGAGUGGGAGAAUGAUGGGGUGGGACAACAAGAGGGGGGAUCUGCUGUGAAGAUAACAGCCAGUUGGACUUUUUUUAAGAUAUAGGUUUGAAAAUCUUAUAAAACGGUUUCAUAUUGUUGAGAUAAAGUAAGUCCAAAAUAAGAGAAAAGAACCAGAGCAGUCAUAAAGAUUAAGAUAUACUUUUAAUGAAAGACACGCAGAACACAAACAUUUUGGAUCACAUACCAUAUAUUAAUGUGAAAAGCCAUGGAUAAAGGGUCUGUGACCCAAAACAUUUGUUUUGCGUGUCCUUCAUUAAAAGUACAGCACUAAGGUCCAUCUUAAUCUUUGUGACUGCUCUGGUUCUUUUCUCUUAUUUUGGAAUAGCAUUACUAUGCUACUAUUGAGGCCAAAGUGGACUAUACGCACAUUAAUUCAUCUAUUGAAUUCUCCAAAGUGGUUUUUAUUUUUAAUGGUACCUAUGUUUUGAUAGUGAAGUAUCGUUUUCCUACAUUUUCAGUUGAUAGUGUACAUGUUGAGAUAAAGUGCUUUACGUUGCCAUAUUUGUCCACCCCACCAGGAACCAGAUGAAGAUGGUCUUCCACUCAGUAAAACUAUUUCUCAGGAGUCUCUGACACCAGGCAAACUGGACAUUAAUUUUGAGGAAAUGCUGAAGCACAAAAUGGAUGAAGAGAAAAGGCUCAUUGAAGAAGAAAGAAAACAAAAACUGGAAAUGGAAAAACAAGAAUUUGCUCAAUUACGAGAGGAGAUGGGAGAGGUAAAGGACUCAAAUGAUGAGAGCUUAUAUUUAACACAGAUAAUAUACACAAACAUCCAAUGCUAGUUUGUAGAAGGGUAGGGGGGAGGGGGAGGAGAGUGAUUAUUUGGACAUUUUACAAAUAUUCACCUUUCUCUAUUCCCAUUGAUAUUCCCCAGCAAGCUUUUCACACACUUGCAGAAGGAGUAUAGGACAUUCUAAUGCUGAUGUCAUGGCACUGAAGCCAGUAUGUCUGUAUUAUAAAGAAGACUACCCUGCUUGCGGAAGUGUAUCCAAGCAUGGCCAAUCGUGAUCUGAGAAUGGAGGCACUGGAUUGAAAGGCAUGACAGGUUUACUUUAACAGUGCAUCAAAUACUAGAACGAUAUAGUGAGAAGUAUGUCUAGGUUAUGCUGAGAUUUCAAUACAGUAUGGUUUAUUUAUAACACUUUUAUUUUCUAAGAAUUAAAAGUAAAUGCAAAAACUUACAAAAAAAAUACUGAAAAUGAAAAUUGGCAUUUGCAAAAUAAAUAAAAUAAAAAAAAAUACUUGAUAAAUUUCAAACAUGAAUCAUAUUUUAAUUUUUACCUGGUAUAAAGGAAUAUUAUUAAAUGUCCUAUAUGUCGACUUGAUAGUAUAGUAGAUUUUACAAAUACUAUAAAGAGCUGCCCUUGAGAAAAGGGUGCAUUCCUUUUUUUAAUUAAGUUUUGUAAUUAUAAAUAUUCCAGCCUAAAGUGUCCCAUUCCACAUAACCAAUUAAAAAAGGAAAUCUUUCACAUUUCAUCAAAUAUAUUGGGCUUGUCUCCUGCUGAUUUCCAUUUCCAUGGAACACUUACUAAAUAUUUAUUUUAAGCUGUGAAUAAUCGUAGCCAGAAGAAGUCUUGAAGUAUACAAAGUGACACUCAACCCUGACAUCACGCAUCUAUGAGGAGCUAUAAUGGGCAGUGGUGUAUCUUGGUUUUGUGCUGCCCUAGGCAGGACAAAACUCAGGCGCCCCCCCUCCCCCCCCACCCAACCCUUCCCCCUGCCCCACCUUCUAAAUACACACACACACACACACACAAACACACACACAGUCAGAGACACACACACACACUCACAAACACAGUCAGACACAAACACACACACACAGUCAGACACAAACACACAGUCAGACACACACACACACACACUCACAAACACAGUCAGACACAAACACACACACAAACACAGUCAGACACAAACACACACACACACUCAGACACAAACAGUCACACACACACACACAGUCAGACGCAUACACAGACACAGUCAGACACACACAAACAGUCAGACACACACACACACACACAGUCAGACACAUACACACAUACAGUCACACACACACACACACAGUCAGACACACACAUUAACUUUUUUUUUUUUUUAUUUAAAUCCCCCCCCCCAACCCCCUUACCUUUGGGAGUGCUGGGGGGGGGGGGAGGUCUCUCUCUCCCCUGUCGGGCGGGCGGCGCUGGCAGGCGGGCGGCUGGCGAGGAGCACCUUGAGCUGCUCAGCUCCCUCCCUGCGAGAGGCUGGGAGCCGGAAGACGUCAUCUUCCGGCUCCCAGCCUCACUCUGCGGCGCACGAGGGAGCUGAGCAGUCAGCUCAGGGGAAGAGCUCCCUCGCCAGCCGCCUGCCCAGCACCGCCCGCCCGCUCGGGAUGUCAGUUAGCCGUAAGGCUAACUAGGCAUUUGCCCUGGGCAUUUGGGGGGCGGCGUUUUUUGCCCCCCUCUGAAAAAUGCCGCCCAAGGCAAAUGCCUUGUUUGCCUCGCGGCCAAUACGCCCCUGAUAAUGGGUCACAUGUUAAUUCAUACACAAAACAAACUGAUAGCAUUAGCAAUUGGUAUCCAGAAUAAGCCAUUCAUAUAGAAGUACAGCACAGCACCAGUUCAGUUUAUUCAGAGAACUUUGCUGCAGUAGAUUGGCAGAAUACAGACAUGGAUGAUCUAAAUGCAGAAAUAUAGUGCAAUUGGAACACUUAAGAACUCUGUUCUUUUACUAUAUUUGCAGAGAGAACCGACUUCAUACUAUAAAAAGAUGAGCACUGGGUGUUUUAAAAUUUCAGAAGACAAUGAAGUAUUAUUCUACCCUAUUUUAUGCAGUUUUUAAAACCUGAUUGCUAUGUAUAUAAACGUUCAUUUAAUAUUUAUUUAUGUAUUGCUGUAUUUAUAAAGCGCCAACAGAUUCCGCAGCGCUAUACAAUUAGUGGAGAACGUACAAUAUACACAGACAAAUACAAGAGGUCGAGAGAACCCUGCCCAGCUGAUAACUAGCCACUGGAGCUCUUUUAUACAAAGUGCUUAGCUAGAUAGCCCAUGAACUUACAAUCUAAAGGAUACAGUGGGGAUUUGAGACAAGGUAGCAGUGGAAAUGUGAAGGUUAUGUCUAAAAGAGUUAACAGAGAGAAGCAGCUAUUGGUAAAAUAUAAAGGGAAUGAAGAGGUAAUUGAGGGAGAACAGUUGGAGGAGCAUGCUAUAUAUUUAAGAGGAACCUGGGUGGGUGGGAAGUGGUGAGGGUUGUUGGAUUUGCUGCAGAAUGUUAAAUGCAGAGCUCCACUAAGUAUGAGAUGAGGCCCGAAGGACAGAGAUGGAACAGUUAUAUGAAGGUAUUUACAGCUGGGAGGAGAAUAGGAAAGAGGGGGAGGAGGGGAGCAGGGAGGGUAGAGUAGCCAUGUGUUAUAUAGUAUUGAAAGGUUUAGCGACCAAAAUAUUAAUAACUGUCUACAUGAAAUAUUGGUCAGAAACAUUAAAUGACAAUAAUACAAACUGCAUGCACAGAAAAUUACAGUGGCAAACUACAAGUAUAAAUGGUAACAAUUCUAUAGUAACACAUGAUAAUAUGGUAGCAAUGCAAGAAUAAAUAAGAUGCAGUAUCUUCCAAGCUUCAGUGUUGGAUUUGCUGUGAGAUAUUAAAUGCAGAGCUCCACUGAGUAUGAAAUGAGGCCUGAGGGUUGUUGGACUUGCUGCAGGAUGUUAAAUGUUUACACCAAACAGACAUAAUUUAAACAGACCUGCACACGUCUGGGGAUUAGCUGGCUAAUUAAGCAUACUUAGCUUUCAAUGAGCUAAGAGUGUUUUAAAUAUCUGUGUAUGUUGAAUGUAUUAAAUACUGUAAACAAUGGAAUUAAAUAUUAAUAUACUGGUAUUUGACUAGUAUACUCCCAUUACAACAUUCCAUAGAACAGUGACAAGAGACAGCAGGUGCUAUCCCGUUGAAAACAGUAAACAGACAAGUAAUACUUAUUAUUGUGAUUUAACAAAUAAACCGAUUUGAAAUUCUCGUAUUCAGAGAUUUUUAAAAAAAAAAAAUUGUUUCUAGGCUAUAUAUUGAAUUUAGAAAUACCUAGAACACAUAUGUGUAAAGAUGGAGACUGUAAAAUAAUUUUGUCUAGACUAGAGGACUACUUUGAACACUGCAUGGCAGUACUAAGAAGAGUUGAGUGGCAAAACCAUCUAGGAAACGCAUUUAGGCACUUUAACAGCAAAUCUGAAAAUGACUGUAGAUAACUAAAAUGACAAUAUAGGCACCCAGACAACUUCAGCUCAUUGAAGUGGUCUGGGUGCAGUGUCACAGGUGCCUUAACCAUGCAAUGGUCAUUAUUGCAGUUAAAAAAAAAAAACGGGACGUUUUUAACCCCUUCUGCACCACUGGAGAAGGUGGGCACAACAGAGGGGGCACUAUAAGGAGCUAUAGUGCCAGGAAAAUACUAUAGUAUCUCUUUAAGGGCAGAAUGGGGUUGCAAUGGACAGUGUUAUGGGCAAAUGCAAAUAUUACAAGUUUUAGAAUUAAAUGUUAUAUUUCUUAAACUGUGUACUUUGUCUUUAAGGGAUAUUGCAAACUGACAAGGUGUUAGAAAUGGAACAUAUUGUUUUUCAUAGAUGUUUCUUUAAGCAAUAACCUCAGUGCACAUUAUGUUUAUGCCAUUUUGUCCUAGACGAAUUACAAUAACAAUAAUGCACGAACAAGUUUCAAGGCUAUGCUACGACUCUUUCAGUACGUAAUAUACUGUGGUAACCUUAGUAGAUAAGGAUGUUCAGACUUUAAGAUGCCAUCUUGACUAAAGUCAGGAAAAUUUCCAUGACGUUUGCACCCUUUAGUUAUGGCCUUGUAUGUUUGCCAAAUUAAGGGAGGUCCUAAAAUGAAUAAAGUAAAAGAAGUGUUACUUUUUCAUAUAUGAACUACGGUAACCCUAAAAUGGAGACACCUAAGGUAUAAAUAGGUGUACUUUCAAAAUGUUAAGACACAGAGGAGAGACUUGGAGACAGACGCUGCUCCAUCUUAAAAUGACAGAGAGGCUGACAUGAUGACAUGUUCAGAAGGGUAUGUUAACCUAUUAAUGAUAUUUGCAAGCAUUUAGUUUAAUCUUAUAAACUCUGCUAUAAAUUAUUGUAAGUCAUGGAAAUUUUCCUGACUUAGUUCAAUAUGGCAUCUUAAAGUUUAUCUACUAAGGUUACCACAGUAUAUUAUGUACUGAAAGAGUCGUAGCAUAGCCUUGAAGCUUGUUUAUGCACUAUUGUUAUUGUAAUUUGUCUAGGACAAAAUGGCGUUAACAUAAUGUGCACUGAGGUUAUUGCUUAAAGAAACAUCUAUGAAAAACAAUGUGUUCCAUUUCUAACACCUUGUCAGUUUGCAAUAUCUCUUAAAGACAAAGUACACAGUUUAAGAAAUAAAAAAAAUUAUUCUAAAACUUGCAAUGGCCAAUAACAACAGGAACUUGAGUUCCCCUAUUCAUUUUUUCAAGAUUUGAAUAUGCUAUAAAAAUUUCUUCUUCUAUUUCCAAUUAGGAUGAAAUAAAUGAAAGCAAUGAAGUUAUAAGUACUGAAUAUGAAGAACUGUUUAAACUGAAAAGAACUGGCACCAUUAAAGCUAAAAACUUGAAAAGUAAAUUUGAGAAAAUUGGAAAACUGUCUGAAGAAGAAAUACAGAAAAAAAUAGAAGAAGAGAGAUUGCGUAGAAAAGCGACAGAUCAGGAACUAAAAGAGAGGGAAGCGGAACAUUUCCACGAGGUAAGACCUUUGUGUUUAUUAUACAUCUGUACAAUUUACAAGUGUUACCAUAGAAAAGCCUUCAGCAAAGAUUCAGAUAUGUAGUGAUUGUGUCAUCCUUUCAGUUCAAAUUGUGAAAUACAGUCAUGCCUUGAUUGCCCACGCUACAUAAUACCUAAACAUGGCGGCAAAGUAUGAUACAGAGAAAAACUAAAAAAUAAUUGAGAGAUUCCAAACUGGUGGCUCCCUGAAAGCGUUGACAUUGAUGUCCCCAACCAUGGGACAACAUAUUUUGCAACAUCAACCACUGGUGAAGACAACAUUGGACGUAUGGCACAGGGCGGCCACACAGAUGGGCCUCUCCUCCCUACCCAGUCACAAACAGCCCAGACUUCACCCCAAACAUGGGCCCAUGGGCAUUUGCUUGCCUGACACCAGUGACACACAUUCAAGUGAGACACAUGAGAGAGGACAACACAAUCAAACCCCUUAGUGACUUCCUGGACGACACACACAUUACCUUCCUACACAGGCUGAAAUAUGAACAGAUCUGACAGUUCCUGAAGAACACAGCACCCUGACCCUGACUUUGACCCUGUCUAAAAGCCUGGGAACAGACCCAGACCCACUCAUACAGACCAUCUCCCACCUAUAUACUCUGCUCCUACACAACAGGAACCUCCCCCAACCCCCUUACUUGAGAAAGUGGGAAACGAUGAUGGGAGACACUUUCACAGAACAACAAUGGGUAAAUAUAUGCGACCUUACACACCACUGCGCACUGGCAAGUAAAACCCAGGAGACGGCAUACAAAGUUUUGACCCUCUGGUAUAAAACGCCGCAAAUCUUGUACAAAAUGAUCCCAGACGUGAGCGACAGGUGCUGGCAAUGCCACACCAGAGUGGGCACAUUUCUACACAUAUGGUGGGAAUGCCCGAAGGUUGUCACUUACUGGAGAACGAUCAACAUGGUGCUACAAAAGUUCUCUGACAACUCACCCCCCUUUAAACCUACCGCAUACCUCUUACAUCACACUACGACCCCGACAGCCAAAUAUAAGAAAUCCCUGACCAUACGGAUACUGAACACAGCGAAACAUAUUUUACCCCUAUACUGGAAGACAGACACACCCCCUCCAAUAACGACCUGGUUUGAGAGAAUGCAGGAGCUACGUGGACUUAGACAUCUGGAUACAUUGGCUAGUAGCAGUCUAUCGCACAUAUUUUCAAAGCAUGUUGACAUAUGGCCGACAGGGAGAAGCCACGGGGAAUGUGGAAGGUGACACUGCAGCUCUGACCCAGACUUUUUUGGGUCGCUGGUGCACUCAAGCUGGGGACUAACACUCCUUUACCCUGGCCCAUUGCCGGAGGGUGGGAGACAGAGGCGGGAACGAGGGCACACACAGGAACCAACCAGGCGGGAAAUACCAGUACAAUUCAGGAGUUUCACUUCUGUAAAUAUUAAGUAUCCUCCUAUUCUCCUGGCACCUUUUUGCACUGUUGGCCUAAUUGUAUUUUUCAGCUUGUUUAGGGUUUUUUAUUCCUCAAAUAAUUUGCCCUUAUAUUUGUGCAUAAUCUGAUUGAAUAUCUUGUGGCUCAAAUUCAGUGUUAUUUGGUUGAUUCAACUUCAGUUAUUUCUUUUGGAAAUGUUGUCUAUUGCAAAUAAUUUGAUAGAAGAACCACAGGAAAUAUAGUAUGAUAUUGGGGGGGGGGUGGAGGGGUGAAUGUUAAAAAAAAACUGGCAUUUGCAGCUAAAACAUAUAGCUCUGCAAUGUGAAACAAUACUUUGGCAUGCAAAUAUUCAAAUAGGACAAAACAAAAAAAGAAAGUUAAUGAAAUAUUUUGCAGGAUGAAGAUGUUGAUGUCAGACCAGUUGUAAGAAGUCAUGCUCCAUUUUCGCACAAAGUUAACAUGAAAGAGCGAUUCGAGCAAAUGGCCCGGGCAAGGGAGUUAGAGGAGCAGAGAAGAAUCGAAGAGCAAAAAAUGCAACGGAUGCAAUUUGAACAGAAAGAAAUUGAUGCUGCCGUACAGAAGGUAAAGGGACAAAGCAAGAUUUUGUUUUGUAUAAACAUGAAGCAGGUAGUCAAAAAUGGGUCGCAAGAGAAUACUGAGAAUGGGCAGCAGCUGAAAUAGCCUGCCCUUCGGUCGGUCCCCGCUCAGUUCUCAAGCUGAUUUUUGCUCAUCUUGUGCCAUUACAGAAAGAACAUAUCUGAAGCAUAUCAGACUGGUCCCACCCAUACGGGUAGUCCAGAUCCGAAAUGCCAGCAAGUUCUCUCUGCACGAGAGCCUUGUUAGGCAUCAUCAGUGAGGCAUAGCUGAUAUCUCCCUAGGCACCGUGAGCAAGGGGUCCACGUAACAUUAUGUAAUCCCAAGUAUCCAAAAUCCAGCAUAAAAACUGCCAAAAUCAUAACAUUCUUGAAAAUAUAUUUUAUUACAAUUAAACUCACACUUGUCCACAUGAAUAUCUUCCUCAUUGGGCACAACUUUAUAGCUUGGAAAACACAAUAUGAUCAAACUGAAAGAGCUAAGUAAAUGUUUGAUUGUGUGAUAGAAUAGGAGAGCCAUGCAUGAUAAAUGUUACCAAUUAUACACUUGGUAUUUCUAAACAUAAAUGGUUUUACAUUUAUGUUCUGGCUAAUUAAAGCUGACAUAUCACUGGCUCAUUUCUGGGAUUUUAUGAGAAAUAUUUAGUAAACAAAUAAGUGGUAAACCUGUGUUUUAACGUGCAAUGAUUAAUUGAAGUUUUCAUGGCAAGGUUACAUUUGAAUCGCUUAUUUAAUAUAUGAAAUUGCUUUUCCUUUGACACUGAUUUGCAAGUUAUAACGAAAGGCAGUUGUAAAAACUUUAGAUACAAUUUAGAACGUAAAUUUACAAUUACUUGCAGAAAAAGGACGAUGACGAUGAAGAGGAGGCUAGCGUUAAUGGCUCCCAGUAUGAGGAUGAAGAUCUGGCUCGCUCUGGUGCACCUUGGUUUAAGAAACCCCUUAAAAACAUGUCCGUUGUCGAUGGGGAGCCAGUAAGAUUCACAGUUAAGGUCGAAGGAGAACCCAAACCCACAGUCACAUGGUGGUUCGAAGGUGAAAUGCUGCAGGACUGUGAAGACUAUCAAUACAUUGAAAGAGGGGAAACAUAUUGUCUUUACCUACCUGAAACAUUUCCAGAAGAUGAAGGGGAAUAUAUGUGUAAAGUUGUGAACAGCAGGGGCACCGCUGCAAGCAGCUGCAUUCUCAGUAUAGAAAGUAAGAGUUGAUAUAUUCUUUUUUUAAUUUUAAUUAUAGACUGCAUGUGUUUAACAUACUGGCCAGGCUCAUCCUUUUACGCUGCUUUCUUUCUCUCUUUUGCUCUAGCUGAUGACUAUUAACAACCUGCUUUUCUGGAGAUCACAUUUUCUGACUCUCAUUGCAUCCUCCCUUUCUUCAGUGGGCCAAGACAAAGGAGACACUCGGCUAUGUAUGGCAGUCCUGUAAAACACAAAGGCAGCCUUACAAUGCAAGUCUGGCCGAAGUCAUGCUAAAUAAGCUCUGGACUGUGAUGCACAGGCUGUAAAUGCCACCUAAAAACACAAGGCAGAGAGGGGAGUGUUACAUGUUAACAUGUCUGAAAACAUAUAAUUUAAAAAAAAAAAAAAGCUUGUGUUUGAUUUGUGCCAAGACUUUUUAUUGGGUUUGAAUGAAAUUCUAUGUUAAUGCCUUGUUUGUCAGGUUAUAUGUUUCACUGAAAGUCUUUUCCAAUAAAAAAAAAAAAAAAAAAAAGUUUUAAAAAAAUGAUCUUUUUGUGCAUAUGUUGAAAGGCAGCUUUGUGAAAUCAAGCUAUUAUCAGCAAAAAGCUCACAAGCAUAUUUUACACCUAUAUGUCAUUUCUUAAAGGGGCACAGCAGUUCAGCUUUUAAAUGCAAUGUACAGGUCAUUAAUCAUAAAACAUAAGCACUAAACAUCAGGGUGUUUUUUUUCUCCUUCUUUUUCAGUAAUAACAUGGAACAUUACAAACAAUUAACUCAUUUGUUGUUGAAGUCUUGCAUGGGAAUGGGAAGCAAUCCCUGUGUUUUAAGUGCAUUGGAGAUCAGUGAUCCCUAAUCACAGAAGAAUGUGAAAAGUACAGUACAAGGCAAUCAGUUGCAGACAUGACAAAUGUUUCAAUAUAUAAAUCCAAACAGCUGUUAUUUGAAGAGGAAAUCAUUUAAAACAUAGAUUUGGUCUCAUCUCACAGGCUCACUUGCAC